AUGAUGACUUUGUCUUCACAUUACCCCUGCGAGAGAGGUUAUGCUGAGUGCCUCAAGUCACUCCGUGAGUUUCAUGGCAUGUAUAUGCAAAUGGUAGCUUGGGCAUAGCCACAUCCACACCAGGCAUUUUAAGACUUCCUGGCAACUAUAGUUGGUUAAGGGAGCUGGGAAUUGUAGUUCUGGCUGUGAGAGGCAAAUUGCAGCUCCUGUGAUUCUUGGUGGAGGGAAUCCAUGUCCUGUAAAUGUGCGAUGUGGCUGGGAAAACACUGUACAGUGGUACCUCGAGUUAAGUUCAUUCUGGAGGUCCAUUCUUAACCUGAAACUGUUCUUAACCUGAAGCACCACUUUAGCUAAUGGGGCCUCCUGCUACCGCCGUGCCGCCGGAGCACGAUUUCUGUUCUCAUCCUGAAGCAAAGUUCUUAACCCGAGGUACUAUUUCUGGGUAUGCGGAGUCUGUAACCUGACGCGUAUGUAACCUGAAGCAUAUGUAACCUGAGGUACCACUGUAAAGAAAUGAGUAGCCUGCCCAGUACAGACUUCCAGCAUCUGCUUUGACUUUUGAGGCAGGGUGGGGAGUCACAGGCAAUUCAAUCAGAGGCCUCUCCACAUCAUAUUCUGAACCCCCAGCAGUAAUCCAGCACUCUAAUCACUACACCACACUGCCUCUCCUCUGUUGCACCUCCAUGCCCCACUUGAAGCAGAGCAAUGCAGUGGUUUAGACUGAGCAUCGGGCAAGAGCCAGGGAGUCUCCAGGUUCCAAUUCUCCCCUGAAGUUUGCUGGAUGACCUUGGGUCAUGCACAAUCGCUAUGCCUAAGCAGCCUACCUCCUGGGGUUGUUGCGGGGAUCUGCAUGUUGCCUUGAGCUCCUCCUAAGAAAGGCAGGCUGCAACGGAGAAAGGUAGGCUGCAAGGGGAUUUAUGACAGCUUUCCACUUUCGUUGCCUUGAGAGCCUGUGUGAUCUAACAGUUAAGAGGGAUCCUGAGGGUCAUCUAGCCCAACCCCACCUCCACACAAGGUUUCCCAUCCAAUCUGAAACCACACCGGACCCUGCUUAGCUUUGCAAACGUUCCAGCGCCUUUAUUGCUGCACCACUCCCGUUUUCUAUGCCUCUUAGGUGGAGAGCUUUCGCUGUCCCGCGCCUCACUUCAGUUCCUGGGUGCGCGCAGGCAAGUUUCAGGACGGUCGGUUAAAGAAGGUGGAAAAAGCAGCAACAAGCAGCAGCCCUGCGCUCGUACCGGGAGCGCGUCUCCGGGAAGAGAAAGAGAGCAGCGCUCGGCUUGCCAAGAAAGUAACCCAAUCCUCCCGGCGGGCGGGGUCUGGGACUGAUGUAACAGGAAACGGGGAUGUUUCCUUUGCGCUGCAGAUCGCUUACAACCGGACCACGCUCGCCAGUCCCUCCUCAGACCCAGCCGCCUCCUCCGGAGGGCAGAGCGCAGCAGAGCCGCCUCCCUUCGCCCCAUCUCCCAACUUGGAUUGUACCUGCCUCUCCUGAUCGACUCCUUUGUUGUGCGCUUCGACUCCGCUUCGCAUUUGCCUUUUUGGAGUGUUGUGUGUGUGUGGAAGGGGGCAAAGCUGCCUCCGAAACGAAGAACCCACCGAGAGUUGGACGCACAUCCGAUCGCCUUGCCUAAGGUGCCGCUAGGAGGAAGAGCUUUGGGUGAGCAUCGAUCCUGAUACAGAGCACUCUUUACCCACGCGCGCGAGAGGCAAUCGCUCCUGCUGGCGAAGUUGGGGGCUCCCCGCGCGCGUGUGGUUUGCACAAGCCGUGGAGAGGAACUUUAUUUGGAGGGAGGGAGGGGGGGAAACCCCUUUGUUCGAAAGCGCGCCUCCGUGUAGGGGUGAGAGCGGUGGGACCACACGCAACUCGGGGAUUCUCCGGCUGCGCGUAAAGAGACAGACCCCAAGUUGGCAGCAAGCGACACCCGGGCGCACCCGGUUUCGCCUUGGGGAAGUGCAGGAAAUCCACCGGGCGCCUGCGGAGUUUUCAGAAUCCCUCUGGAGCAAAGCCCGGCGUGGAAAGCAGGCGGCUUUGGGCAAAGCAGGGGCGAACGGAAGAAGAGGACGAGGGCGAUGCCGGCGCUGCAGCCGCGCUCGCCUCGGUGCCGUUUCGGUGGCUGAAUCGGCGCGAGGGUUUGCGCGCAUUGCGAGCUCCUUCGCGUGUCGGAAAGCGAGGCGUGGAGAGAGAGGAGCGUACGAAAAGGCACCCCCGGUAGCCCUUUGCUGUUCGUGUCAUAUCAGACUCAGGGCUGUAAACCUGCGCGUCCUUACUUGGGAAUAAGCCUCGUUGCUCUCAGGGGGCUUCCUUCAAGUAAACGGGGGAAAGCUUUUUCUGGAAGUCCCACGGAGAUCAGGGGGGCUCUUUCCUACAUAAGGAGACACAGUUGAGGCCAUGCGCUAUGGCACUUGUGCCUGAGUAGGCUUAGCAUCGUUAUUAGCAUUCAGGGAAGUUUUUAGUGUGUGAUGUUGUAUUGCGCUUUUAUUGGUUUUUUUUGUUGGGAGCUGCCCAGAGUGGCUGGAGCAACACAGUCAGAUGGGGGUCAUAUUUAUAAAUUGUUGUUGUUUUUGUUGUUUGUAUACCACCCUUCACCUGUAGAUAAAGUUCAAUACCUGGUACUAAUCACAUUUGCAUCUAGAUGUUGCUAUUUCUGAUUUCAUGUAUGAAUAGCCUAGGUCCCGAAUCCAGCCGGCUUCGCUAUUUCUAGGAAAUAUGCUUUAAGGUCCAUAGCCUUGGUUGCUGCUACCAGUCCUUUAGGUGCCAAUUUCUGCCCAGGGCUGCAAUUCUGCACACACUUACCUGGGAACAAGCCAGAUUCAAUUUGGUCACUCUUCUGAGUAGGCAUACAUUGUUUGGAUUGGACUACAUGGUCGCAAUCCCAAGCAAUUGGCAAUCCCACACUGAGUGAGAGGACUUCUGAGUAAGCCUGAUUAGGACUGGCCUAUUAGCGGCUCAUGUGUUCACCACAAACACUGUCGCUUUUUCUCCUUCAACCUCAAAACCAUUGGAGCCGUGAAAAUGUGGAAGCGUGUGGACUUGUAGGGUUACAUUUUCUCCCCAUCCUCGUGUGGUUUGACUUCUCUUGAUUUGGAUGUAGCAAAGUGGCAGCCGCACAUGAACAUAGGGCAGUUUUUCAUGUUUGGUGUUUUAUUGUGUUUUUAAUAUUUGGCUAGGAACUGCCCAGAGUUGGGGGCAACCCAGUCAGAUGGCCAGCCUAUAAAUAAAAUUAUUAUUAUUAUUAUUAUUAUUUCCAUGAGGUUCAGCUUUGGUGAUUGACUUUCUGUGUGUAAGGAAGAAAUAGUUUAAGGAGGAUUGGCUCCUGUGUGAUGAGUUGUCAAUGAUAAAAAUUCUACUGAGGUGUAUAGAGGGAAAGAAAUGCCUUUGGUUGGCAGCCCUACAUUUAAACUCUAUGGAGAAUUUGUGAGCCCAGAAUGGAUGUGCGGUCCAAGCCUCCACUGCUAUUUUGGCCAUUUGAAAUUAACCCUUCUUAGCACUGGGGAGCAGGACUCCACUUACCUGGAAGGUCAAGGGUUGUUGAGGAAACCCCCGAUAGAAAUAACAGAGAGUGCUGAAACGCUUCGGAAAGACUUGUUUGGGGCUUUUCUUUUGCCGGAGAUAAGUGCAAGUAAACCCCUUUCAUACAAGAGUAGCUGCUAAAGGAUUGGAGUUGUUCUUCCCUUCUGGAGUUAAGAGUUACACCUGGUUUUAUCAUAUUUUUAAGUACUGCUGUUGUUCGUUCGGAACUCAAAUGGCACGGGGUUAACUUUCAUCCAUGAACCCUAUGAGGUAAUUCAGGCUGGUACCUUGUCUCCAUUCCCCCAGGAGGAGAAAUCCCUAUAGCUCAGAAGUGCAUGAAUUGCUUCACAUGUCUCACGUUUCUUGACUGUGCCUAGAAAGGUCUGUCCAUUGCAAUGGUUAGAAAUUGUGUCAUUUGUUGUGUCCCUUGCUGCUUGUAACCCAUAAUGGGCUAUUGCUCUACAUUUCAACGUUUCCUUUUGUCUGCUGGAUACCAGUUGUCUGCUUGUAUUACUACUUUUGACCUUUUUUAAAAAAAGAAAAGGAAAAGGAACGAGACGCUUUGCAAACGGUCAAAUAAAAUCCUGCUCUUUGUUGCCAUGAUCCAGAUAAGUGCUGACUGGUGUAUUUCUGCCAGUUCAUUCAGAGGGUGGACUAGGGGAUUUGGGACCUGUUCUCAUAAACAUUCACAGAUCUAAAACAUCAGAUCAGAUUAUCUUUCUUUGGAUUAUAAAGAAACUGGCCAUUGAGUAGUGCUUAGCUGUGCUGCAAAACUAGAGUUCAGGACACAGGUGGCGCUGUGGUCUAAACCACUAAGUCUCUUGCGCUUGCCAAUCAGAAGGUUGUUGGUUCGAAUCCCCGUGAUGGAGUGAGCUCCUGUUGCUCUGUCCCAGCUCCUGCCAACCUAGCAGUUCAAAAGCACACCACUGCAAGUAGAUAAAUAGGUACCACUGCUGUGGGAAGGUAAAUGGCGUUUCUGUGCGCUCUGGUUUCUAUCACGGUGUCCCGUUGCACCAGAAGUGGUUUUUUCAUGCUGGCCAGAUGACCGAGAAAGCUGUCUGUUGACAAACGUCGGCUCCCUCAGCCUGAAAGCAAGACGAGUGCCACAAACCCAUAGUUGCCUUUGACUGGACUUAACUGUCCAGGGGUCCUUUGCCUUUAACUUCUACCUUUUACCUUUACUAUAGUUCACAUUACCAUCUUAGAGGAUGGUGAAGUUGUGUGUUUCUUUUCAGUGUGUUCCUCAGCUCAUCCUCCAACCCCUUCCUCAGAUGUUCAAAUCAACAUGGCUUCAUUAGUGUCAUAUUUGUGUCUGUUUGUAUACAGGGGGCAUUGAUGGGCAGGGAUCCUCACACCUUUGCUAGGAAUGGCCAAAGGACUCUCGCCGGUGUGAAUAGUUUUCUUAUGACAGUAGUAGAGGAUGCAACUAUAUUUUGGAAGAUGUUGAGCUGUGUGAACACAGGUUCAAAACCCAGCACUGCAAAUGCAGCGAGUUCACUGUAAAGGGGAGUGUGAAUUUAUUUAAUUUUUAUUUAUUUUAUAUCCCGCCCAUCUGGCUGGGUUUCCCCAGCCAUUCUGGGCAGCUUACAACAUAUAUAAAAACACAACAAAACAUCAAACAUUAAAAAACCACAUAUCCUAUACAAGCAACAAACAAACCAAUAAAUCAAUAGAAACCAACAACAAUAACAAACAGUUUACAGCUUCUUCAAAUUAAAAUAACCACCAACCCCAACUAAACAUUUAACUAACACCAACUUGACAAAAACGAAACAGAGGAACCAGAAUUGGAACCGGUUAAAGCAUUGUGAAACAGUUUAGCCAGUUGCCCCAACCCAAGAGUUGUUCCAGCAAUGUCUCGAUGGCCUCCCAGGAACCUCUUUUAGCUGCUAAAGGUGAGUCUGGGCCCCAUCCCCUAGGACAGGUGAAAAUGGGCCUUGAAGUAGUAGUCCUUCCAGCACUCACAGUGCAGCCAUGAACACCGCAGCAGUUAACCUCCUCCACUCCAAGGCCACAAUCCCUUGGAAACAUGGUGGUGAUGGCUACAUAACACUGAGGCUAGAAGCAAAGAUGGUCAUGGCCUGUGUUUUUUCUCUCUCUUUCUGCCACCUGCUUCCCCACUUCUCUCUCUCUCCUUCCUUCCCUCCCUCCCUCUUUCUCUUCCUCCCUGCCCAGAGAACUGCCAGGAAAGGACAGUUUGCUGUUGCCAGAGGUCUCAACUGAUUGCUCCCAGAGGGAUUUCCAUCCAUCCAUCCAUCCUCCUCCUUGCGCCACCCAUUUUGGCUUUGUGUGUGUUAUGCUUCCCUGCGCUCCUUCUCUUCCUCCCAGCUCCCCCCAACUGCAUGAAAUCCAUCGGAGGUCCACAGGUUCCUCACCACUCAAGAAUCAUUACCACAGUCCUGUAAGGCAGGCGAAUACAAUUCUCCCUGUGUCGCAAAGGGAUUCACAUGCACCAUGCAUUUAAAGCACCACUGGGGGGGGGCAGGAAGAACCCUGGGAGCUGUAGUUUGUUAUGGGUGCUGGGAACGGUAGCUGUGUGCAGUUUCCAGGGGCCUCAUCCUCACCUCAUGUCACUCUAUGUAGCAUUUUGAGGCAGGGGAAUUCUGACCAUGACACCACAAUGCACCAUGGAAGAAGAGCAGGAGAGAGAAUAAGACACAGGGCUCCUAUUUUCAGUGGCCACCCGGCACCUGCAGCAUCGUUUAAUUUUGGCCCAAGGUGCUUAGAAAGCCACUUCAUCCGCAAAACCAAAUCCUAUCACAGUCAGUGAAUAAACUAUCCAGAUUAGAGCUACAGCAAACACCUUUUGUGACUCUCUGUGUGUGCUUUGAAUGUAUGGCGGUUAGGCAGCCUGUAAAAUCCAAAUCUAACAUCAUAAAUUUGUCAAACAAGUUUGUUUGCGAACUGAAAUCCACAGUAGUUUUCAUGUCUAAGGCUUAAAUCACCCUUUGCAUUGAACAUCCUCUAAAAUGUGAAUAGGAAACUUCAUUAAUAAAAAAAUCUACAUUCAAUUUCCCCCCCUGCGUUUGGUCCAGCAUUAACCACUUUGGGAAUGUAAGAAGACCUCUUCUGGAUCAAACCAAAGAUCCAUCUAUAAUUCACACAUGGCACAGGAAAGGCUGAAAGGGGCUUCUCAGCCUAUAUUUUUUGCAGUUGAAUCCCGGAAGGAAAGAAAGUAUAAACUGAAAGCAAUGGUGGGUUCAAAUGCAAACGUUUUUGCUUUCUGGGAUAUAAACGUUUUAUUUUAGUUUGCUUAAAAUGGUAUAUAUAAGAAGAUGGAUUGUUCUGUUGUUUAUGGAUAUGUUGCUUGGUUUUUUUUAAAAUUUUUAUUAAGUACAAAUUAGAAAACAUACAUCACAACAAAAGAAAACACAUCUAACCAAGGAAAAGAAAUUAGAGAAUAUUUUGUCUCUUUUCAUAUUUACAGUUAUUUAUACCUCUAUAAAAUGCUAUUCACAAAAAAGCAGUGAAAUGAAAGAUAAUAUAUCAGAAAAGAGAAAAAAGAACAAAGAAAGAAUAAAGAAGUAAAAGAAAAAGAUCAUAGGUGAAAAUUUUUAAAAGUAGAUAAGUACUCACAAUACAUAGCCGUUUCCCAUCUAUAUUUAUAUUCAUUUGAAUAAUUUCAUCUUGUCCGUAUCUACCUUAAAUAAAGUGUUUUGGUUUUUUUUAAAAAAAAGACUUCCACCGUUUACCUCACGCAUUUUUAAUAAUCCGUUCGUCAGAACCUCUGUUCUUCAUAUUUUCCCUUUGGAUUUCCUUAAUGUCUCACUUUGUAUUUUUUAUAUUAUAUUUAUGUUGCUUGUUAACACUCUCAGUACUGACGUGGUAUAGGCAGUUGUGCUCCUGUAGCUAGGAAAAUGAAAGAGUACCACCAGCAUUCGAUUCAAGCCAUUGGCUCAUCCAGUUUGAGAAGGACGUGCAAGAGGACAUUUUGUAGCUCUUCAGUGGUUAGUUAUUAAGCCUACAAAACUUAUGUUUCAAUGGUGGUGAUGCUGGCUAAUUUUGGUUACUUUAGAAGUCAGUAAAACAAUUGUUUGAAACCUCAGCCUGAUCUUUCAUAAGUCAAAAUUUAGAGUGAAUCUUCUGGUGUCUUUGGUUUUAUGUUUAAUAGAAGCUGAGGAGGCGGGCAAGUGGAAAGGUAGGGGGAUAACUGUAACUGUGUUACACACGAGUUGCCAAAGCUGAGGUGGUUUUAAAAUGGUACGUGCACAGUUCACCAAAGCCACUAUUUUGGAACAAAUAAGAUUCACAAGGUGAAGCAGUUUUCACUUCUUUCGUAAUUUCCAGCAGGCCAUUGAUCUCUGCAUCUCCCUCCAAGUGGCAGGUCUAUACUUACUCUUUUUGAAGAUCUGCAAAUGUGUUGAACAGAAGCUCACCGAAAUAUUUCAGUCCUUUUCAGUGAAGCCAGCUGAACCGUCACCAGUGCACACCUCCACAGGGCUGUGGAGGUGUGGUGAGCGAUAGAGGCUGGCUGGUUCAUCCUGGCAUGGCAAAAUUGGCCAAAUGCUAGGGUUAAAAUAAUAAUAAUUAAGCAUCCUUUAACCUUUAGCUGUAUUGUUCAAAAUCCCAUGUUGAUCAGGAAGGGGGAGCAGGAAUGUCAACUUUCCCACAUCCACACCCAACCAACAAGCCAUUGCAUCACAACCGCUUUUAUUCUCACUGAGUGGAAGUCUUUUGGGGGGGGGCAACACACUCUAAAUUCCCAAUGCAGUUUUGUUAAACGGUGUUUAAAAAAGUUUUGUCGCCGCUUCAGGUCAGCAUUAUAGUUUCAACGCGAAGUAUACUUGUACCUCGCAGUCACACUUUUGCAAACAUAACCUCCUUCCUUCUAUUCACCUUCUGCCCAUGUUUCUGAGUGAAUCGUGCAGAAAUAAGUUCACGUUUACAGGCCUUGGGAAAAUUAGAUUGAAUGGAUGUGGAUAUUGUUGCUUAGAUGAAGAGGGAUUUUCAGGGGAUAUUUGUGGCAGGCUGCAAAUCUGCUGGCCCAUUCCUCCUUUUGAAAACUUAAUUUAAAAAUAAAUAAAUCAGGGUGACUGGGUGUGCUACGUGUUGGAGUACCCAAAACGAAACCCCAGCCACUUGCUGUUUUAAUUUACCCAGAGGACUUUUUUAAAUGUUCAAGUACAUAUGCACAAUUCUUGCACACAGAGACAAAAGACAAAAGUUAUUGAAAUAUUUCAUACAGUAGCACAGUGAGUGCUCAUGUACAAAUUGCAACCUGAGCAGGGUAGAGGACACAGUACACACAUAAAAAAAAAGGUAAAGGACCCCUGGAUUGUUAAGUUCGGUGAAAGGUGACUAUUGGGUUGCAGCGCUCAUCUUACUUUCAGGCCGAGGGAGCCGGCGUUUGUCCACAGACAGCUUUCUGGGUCAUGUGGCCAGCAUGACUAAGCGGCUUCUGGAACAACGGAACACCAUGAAGGAAACCAGAGUGCAUGGAAACACUGUUAACCUUUCCACCACCUAUUUAUCUACUUGCACUGGUGUGCUUUCGAACUGCUAGGUUGGCAGGAGCUGGGACCGAGCAACGGGAGCUCACCCCGUCGCGGGGAUUUGAACUGCCGACCUUCUGAUCGGCAAGUCCUAGGCUCUGUGGUUUAACCCACAGCACCACCCGCAUCCCUAUACCCAAACAGGUAUACUAGGAACUAAAUCUCACUAGCUUCCAUGAAGGUGACUCACGCAGCCUAAAAGACCAAAGCAGAUCUGAGGACGGACACAUCUUUCUUUGCUGCUCAGUUCCUUGUAAAUUUUCAGCAUGACUAAGCGGCUUCUGGCACAAUGGAACACCGUGAUGGAAACCAGAGUGCAUGGAAACGCUGUUAACCUUUCCGCCACCUAUUUAUCUACUUGCACUGGUGUGCUUUCGAACUGCUAGGUUGGCAGGAGCUGGAGCAGAGCAAUAGGCGCUCACCCCAUUGUGCGGAUUUGAACCGCCGACCUUCUGAUCAGCAAGCCCAAGAGGAUCAGUGGUUUAGACCACAGCGCCACCCGCAUCCCUUUACCAGUGCACACGUACAAUGUUGUGGAUCUAGGAAAUCCUUUAAGCACCUCAUCGCUCAGCUUAAGUCCUGACAUGCAGAGGUUGUUUUGCCCUAUGACACCCAGAGCUCUCCCCCCCGACAACCAGAGUUACCCCCCUAAAAGCCAGCCUCAGUGUGCAUCUACAUAUAAAUUAGCAGGUGCAAGCUUGUGUCGUGAGCCUGCCCCCCAAGCCUUUCAAGUACCUAUCCUCUUUCCCUUUGCUUCUGUGGCUUUUGCACAGAUUUACCAAAAGGGCCCUGGCGUUUGAAAGCUUCUGCCCUGUUUUUGGCGCUUCUAUAAAGCAAACCUGCAAUGUGACUUAAGUCAAUUUAUGGUUUUAUUGACGGCUUUGAAACUGCGUCCGUGCCGAUAAAGGAGGAGAAGACGGGGCUUGCUCUUUGGCACGCCUUGUGUUUUGAAAAGUUUGAAGAACCCAGGAAGCACCUCUGUCCAAGAAUUCGAAAGCAGCUUGUUCAAAGCUCCUCACCGCGUUCACAGCAGAUGUGACAUUUAAAAGUAAGGACUUCCUGUUUUGCAGCUCGGCUUCUUUACAUAAGGUGCAAUUCCCUUAUAUAUACACAUAUAUAUAUAUUUAAUUUUUAACCUGGUAACCACAACAUUUGCUGAGCUUUAUUAUUUCGCAGUCAGCUGCAUAUGUGUACAUUACAUAAACUUUCUGGAAGGAAGCCCAGAUCCAGCCCACUCUGUAUCUUAUCUCUGUGUAGGCAACAUACACAGCGUUGUGGCAUGGCAAACAGAAGUGGUUUUCCUCUGACAUGAGGGGGCGGGUGGGAACCUCAGACCUGGGAGCCAAAUACUCCAGCACUCUCAGCCUUGUCCUCAGGAACUCUCUUUGCACUCCUGACUGGCGCUGCUUCUCCUUGAGUGAUUUACCUGGCCAGAACUCCUUAAACCAGGGGUCAGCAAACUUUUUCAGCGGGGGGCCAGUCCACUGUCCCUCAGACCUUGGGGGGGUGGACUAUAUUUUUUUGGGGGGGGGGAAUGAACGAAUUCCUAUGCCCCACAAAUAACCCAGAGUUGCAUUUUAAAUAAAAGGACACAUUCUACUCAUGUAAAAACACGCUGAUUCCCAGACCAUUCGCGGGCCGGAUUGAGAAGGCGAUUGGGCCGGAUCUGGCCCCAGUUUGCUUACCCAUGCCUUAAACUGUGCUAAUGACACUUUUUUUGUCUGAAUGGAGAAUUGUGAGGGGUGUGAAACGCAGUGUAAAAACAAAGGGUGCAUCCAUUGUGGGUGGCUCUUGUGAACCAAGUAUAACCUUCUCCCGGGAAAACACACAGAAGUAGCAAUCAGGAACAGCUCAGGCCUCUCUCUGUGUGGGUUUUCCAAAGAAAACUGGCAAUUUAACCAUAUUAAUUGUAUGGGGACAUUAAUUUUGUUUCCUGGUGCUCAUACCAAGUGCAAAAUGUCUCAUGAGAUGUUGUCCCCCACCUCAACAGCAGUUCCUUACCACCCUCACUUAAAUAUACUGAGCAAUAUAGGCGUUUUGGAUCACAGGGAAGCAACUUUUCCUCAGGGUAUGAAUUUAUUAUGUGUGUGUGAUAAAGACUUCAAAUCUUGCAGCCCAGAUUCAGAUUAUUAACGUUUCCGGGCAAAGAAAGAGGCCAAAAUCGUUCUGCGUAAUCCACUCGGAAAACAUAAUUUUGAUUACUUUAAAUUCAAGUGGCAGAGCUUACUGAAUUUUAAAUGCAAGGGUUUUGAGCAAAGGAAAGUACAAUCACAUAGCUGUUAAGAACAUUUAAUAAUAAUUCCGCCAUUGAGCACAGUUUUUAAAAUUCAGAUGAUCCGUUUCUGCCUACAUAUGAAGGCAUUGGAUUUGUGGCCAUUAUGCUCAUUUGCCUUCAAUAGCAAUAAAGCUCUGCUGGAUGUAAUAUUAAUUGCCUCUGGUCUAUUUUUUGGGAAUCCUGCAACGAGAUUUAAGUUUUUACUCUGCUAACUCUUUCUUGGGCUCCAUAAUCACUGCAGAUGGUGACAGCAGUCAUGAAAUUAAAAGACGCCUGCUUCUUGGGAGAAAAGCAAUGACAAACCUAGACAGCAUCUUAAAAAGCAGAGUCAUCACCUUGCCAACAAAGGUCCGUAUAGUUAAAGCUAUGGUUUUCCCAGUAGUGAUGUAUGGAAGUGAGAGCUGGACCAUAAAGAAGGUUGAUCGCUGAAAAAUUGAUGCUUUUGAAUUAUGGUGCUGGAGGAGACUCUUGAGAGUCCCAUAGACUGCAAGAAGAUCAAACCGAUCCAUUCUGAAGGAAAUCGGCCCUGAGUGCUCACUGGAAGGACAGAUCCUAAAGCUGAGGUUCCAAUACUUUGGCCACCUCAUGAGAAGAGAAGACUCCCUGGAAAAGACCCUGAUGUUGGGAAAGAUGGAGGGCACAAGGAGAAACGGAUAACAGAGGACGAAAUGGUUAGACAGUGUUCUCAAAGCUACCAGCAUGAGUUUGACCAAACUGCGGGAGGCAGCGGAAGACAGAAGUGCCUGGCGUGCUUUGGUCCAUGGGGUCACAAAGAGUCGGACACGACUAAACGGCUAAACAACAACAAACUAUAUAUUGUAGUUCUGUUCUGGAUCAAUAUUGAGUAGAAUUCCGUGACAGUGUCUACAUAUGUAGUGUGUCUGUUGACUGCAGCAAAUAUGGUCCUGAAACAUUUUCUUUGAAGCCAUUCAGCUGGAGUUAGGGUUGCCAUACGUCCGGAAUUUCCUGGACAUAUUCGGAAUACUGCAGCUGCAAGCAGUGUCUGGAUAGAAAUCGGCGGAAUGUCUGGGAAAAUUCGGACGUACGAAAGCCUAUGUCGGUAGUGUUGUUUUCCUCAGAAACAGCUCAAAAAUGUCCAAUCUCCUUGCGACUUUGCCCGAGAAAAAGCUCAACAGCUUUUCUCUCUGGGUUUUCACUUUUUGAAAUAUGGCAACCCUAGCUGGAGUACUUCUUUGAAGUAAAUAGGUUGUUUAUUGGGCAGCGUGGGAAAGAAGUUAAGUAGUUAUGCAAAUAGUAAAUAGAGCAGCUUGUUGUAUAAUUAGUAACACCAGGAAAAAGAACGCUCGUUUCCUCUAUAUCUAAAACGAAGUCUUUGGUUUAAAGCAGCUGUGUUUCUUGUCUGCCUGAAGGUUAGUGACAGUAAGACAGUUUCUUGUUUACUAAACACAGUGUUGGGUAGGUUUUAAUAAUAGCACUAAGUAAAUUAGUCCAGUUCCAAAUUACUAUGCGCUUUUUUUUUAUCUUGUCAAAUAAAAGCUCAACAACUAAUGUUAUAUGGCAACUCUACAUUUAAAGCACUAUUGUCGGGAUUUAAACUGCCAUGGCUCCCCAACUGUCAUUUGUUAAGGGUGCUGAGAGUUGUUAGGAGACCCCUGUUGCCCUCACAGAACUACAAUUCCCAGAAUUCCAUGGGAAGACGGGUUGAUUCUAAAGCCAUUGUUGGGAAAGAUGCAGGCCCAACAAUGACUAGGAUGCCAAUGGAUGUGCUAGGUUCUUUGAAGAUAAAAUUGCUGAUCGCCACAACAACUCAGAUGUCAUGGCUAAUAAAGGUCCGAUGUGCCAGGAUGUAAUGCGAUUUUAUGGGAUCAACGACAGCUUUCCAGGUCUGAGGAAACAGGCAAAGUGCUUGUAGUGGCUCAGUCAACAACAUUCCUUGUUUACCGCUUUGAGGUGGGCUGCCGGGGGGCGGGGGAUACAGUCAAGUGGAAUAAAUAAAAAAAAGCUGAAAACUAUUGAACGCUACCAACAAAUUUAACUUUAACACAAAGGACCUUCUUCAUGAUGUAACUCCCUUUCAUGCCUUAUUCCUUCCGUUUCUGCUCUUAAAGGAGUCUAACUCUCACACCAUGCCCUCUUUGCCAGCCACAAAAGCAAUUGCUUCCCACUUCAACUUACCUGCCACUGACCCGGCAGCUGCCAUUUUAAAAAUUCAGAAUUGCGAUUUUGGAGUGUCUUUGUUUUGGAGUGCUGUCUCGUUGUUACAUGCGCAAACCCCGGGGUCCCUCUGAAACCGAUGGGACAUGUUAGUCCUGACUUACACCCUUGUGCAAAUUAAUUGAAACCAACAAUGUAGUUUAUUGUACAAAACUCACAUAUAUAUGUACAAAACUCACAUAUAUGUACAUUAGUAAUGGAUAUGACCUCCGCUAUUUUUAAGCAGCAUUUGAACACAGUUUGGCAUGGAAUCUACUAGUUUUGAAUAGCCACUGUUGAUUUUCGGAUCCCUGUACCACCCUUGAAUCAGCGCCUGAAUGAGCUUCUCCAUAGUCGUACAGUCUACAGCACGGAGGCGACUUUUGCAUAAAGCCCACAAAUUCUCAAUGGGAUUUACGUCCGGGGAAUUCCCUGGCCAAUCAAGUACCUGUAUUUGCUGCUCUGUCAUGAAUUUCUUCACCACAUUCGAUGUGUGACAGGGGGCAAUAUCCCAGUACCGUCAGGAUACCUCUUUUCCAGCUCUGGAAUAACCCUCUUUCGAAGAACCUCAAUAUAUUGUGGGGAGCACAUCAUUUCUUCUGUUGGCUGCAGGAUUCCGACACCAUAAUGAUCAACUGACAUUUCGUGUUUGUUCUGAGUACAGGAUUACGAGUAAGAUAGAAAACAUGCUUUGUUUCAAUUAAUUUGCACAAGGGUGUAAGCCCCGUUGAGUCCCGUAGAAAUGAAGUGCAACUAAGUUAGCUUGGACCCCGCAAACAGAAAAUAAACUUUUUAAAAAGAAUGUAUUCUCCCGAGUGCAGUAGAUCAGUUCUUGAUAUGCAGGGGAAAUAGUCCUAAGCAAACAGCCUUUAUCAUAGACACUGAGCUCCUCCGAAUGGAAAUAUACUUGUGAGUUUAUUAUGGGAAUAUCUUAACUCUUGUGGUGGGUUUUGUCAAUGGAGUCCAGCAGGUGUCACUCUGGGGACUAAACAUGAAGGAGAUGUUAGAAUGAUGUGUUUUUUCCUGGAGAUAGGAUGUGCUGAAGAAAGAUAUUUUCUUCAUAACCCAUAAGAAGUCCUUUUACUGCAGUUCUAUCUCACUCUCUUUUAAGCUGGCAUUAAGCUGCUUCUCAAGACCUUCCUCCUCCUCUGUUGUAACUUUGAUGUGCAAUCUACUUUAAGAAUGACACACACAUGGCCCUGGAUAGGGUGCUUGCAUUCAUUGACUAUAAUCAGCUGCUUCAACUAAGCAAACAUACACAAUGGGUUGCUGCAGAUAACUGUGAUUAUGACCAGUGUUUGAAACUCCCCUUGUUCCAGGCGCAUUUUGCGACAGGGAAUUCCAUUAGCGCGAGCAGCUUCUGAGCUCUGGGCGUAAUGCUGCGCCUGAGAUUUCAGAUUAAAACUGUAGAGUGGGAGGAAAGGAGGACCUUUUUCUGCCUCCCCACUUCCAGCUGCUCUCUGAAGACUGGAGAAGGGACCCUCUUAAGACUAUCAGGAGGUGGGCAGGGGAAGGACUAGACCAUGUGAAAAAGGAACCUACUAUUUUGGUUUCAUUCAUUUUCAGCUUUGUAUUCUUGUUAUAAAAAACGCACACCUAGGCAUUCCGUUGUGGCACCCAUAACUUUGGUUUAAGGUGCCAUUUAACUCUUAGCUGUCAUAUCUCAGUUUCUCACACUGAUUAUGGCUACAGCUUGAGCCUAUGGUCUGUCUCACUAGGCAAAAUGAUAUUGCCGCAGAAUAUUCCCACGGUAAGAGGAGUGCGUAUGUUCUGAGAUGCUAAAUCCACAAAGAAGUGUACAGAGUUGAGGAAGCCAGAACAUUUUCCAUGUCUGAUAGCAAUAACAUAGGCAACUUUAUUGGUUUGUCAACAAAAAGGUCAUGCGUUUAUGAAAAAAGGUUAGAGCGGGUGUAUGUUUUUAUGAAAGGGUGUGAGUCCCUCUUUGUAGAAAUAUGUCUUGAAAUUAUCUUUGGGCUCAGCGGGGAACUGAUUUGCUGUGUUGUUCCUGUUGGGAAGCUGGAGGUUUAGUUGAGACAAAUGGUUUGUUUGUAAGUGCUGUGAAUUGUUGGUCUUGGCUACUUGAUUCAUUCAUUCAUUCCAAAUAUUAAUAAGUCAAUAUUAUUUAUAAGUACAUUGCCCUCGCAAAACAAUCUACAAAAAAAGGGGAGCUAUGAGAUAGAAGACAUCAGAAUGAUGUGUGCAUUAUAUGUAAGAAAGCUCAAACUGAAACAUACAGACUGUUUGUGAAUUGAAUUGAAUUUUAUUAUUACGGUCACAGACCUGUUCCGGCUCACUUACAAUAUCAGGAAAAUCAUAAAACACAACAGGAAUACAUUGAAUUGCAAUUGGGUAUAACAGAGACAAUUCAGAUAUAGUGGUAGUUAAAGCACCAGGAAGAAUGGAUGAAAUUCAAAGACUAUUUAGUUAAAUAUGCUAAGAUAACUUAAAUAGAAAUACUUGCAAAUAACAGAUAGGCUUAGGAUUUAAAUAUGUGAAAUUAUAGAAUAAUAUGUUUAAAGUAAAGAUGAAAAGAAAGAAAGAUGUUAAGUGAUUAAGUAAAUUUUAUGAGAAACUUGCUUUGGAAAACUGUUACAAUGAUAUAUACUGAAAUUCAGUCAGGGGGAUUUGAGGUUAAGUCACUUAACAAUGUUACUAAGAUUGGAUUAAGUACAAUUAAGAUGUACGUAUGUCUGUUUGUUUAAAAUUUUUGGAAAAUCAAUAAAAAAAUUUGGAAAUAUAUAUAUAGAGAGGGUGCCUACAUUUUGCAUGGACUGGUUGCAUGGCAACAUAUGCAAAUGGCUUUAGAUACCUUUUAGGUCCAUAAAUUACCAUAUAGCAUAUAUUCAACACAAAAAGCGACAAUUUGUUGUUGACAAAGGACAGCUGGACAUAUAAAGGGCCCCAUUACCUUUAGUAGCUUCGGGCCUCAUCAAACCUAAAUGCGGUCCUGCAUGUACCCUUGGAAAUGCAUGUCACUGGAGUUCAAUGGAAUGUGCAGCCAAUUCUAGGGGCUGCAUGCAUGACUAAGGCUGCCCAUUAUUAAGCCAAGUUUUGAUAGUGGUUCGCACAGUAGUUUUCCAAGAAUAACCUAUGAUAACAGGCUUGGUGCUUUUAGAUAGCUUCAGAUUAGUGUUCUCAAGAAACAGGGCCGUUUUAGCAGUGAUUCCACAGCAAUGGAACUCCCUUCCAACUGAUUUACACCCCACCACUUCAGUUCAGGGGCUUAAACAAGGCUUGAAUAUUUUGCUCUCUACCUCUGCCGAAAAUCACAAACAGUCAUAAAAAACUUACGGAACAAGUUGUACUACGAUAAAACCUACAGAACAAGCUGUACUACCAAAAUGAUUGAGGUUUUAAAUGACAAUUUUAGGUUAUAUUUUAGUGAUCAAGAUUUAAUAUACAGUAGUACCUCUGGUUAUGUACUUAAUUCGUUCUGGAGGUCCGUUCUUAACUUGAAACGGAAUUCCCUUCAGCGCAAUAGGAGGGGCAGGCACAGCCUAUCCUGACCCCUCCACCACCAGCAUAUUAUAAGCAAUGCCUAACCGCAACCUUACAUGUUGUGACGAGUUGCUGAGUAGUAGGCAAAAACCAAAUGGCACAGCCAAUCACCAAAUGGCAAAAUUCCUACUAGGCCCCUGCACCAAGGCAGACGACCCCAUGACAGGCAAAGCAAGGUCAACCAGAAAAGAGGGCAGGCGGGCAGGCGGGCGAUCCGAUGCACUCUGCAAAGAGAAAGAGAAACCAGAGUGCACCAAUAUUUAAAGACUAUGGUCCCACCCACCCAAUUUGCAACAUACAAUUUGCCCCAGCAACCCGGUUAUUCAAUCACAAUGCCAGGCAACAACUAUUAACCUGCCUGGCAACAAGAGGGCUGGCCCGGCGGCCCACACCGCAACACGUGCUCUCAUUUAUUGGAGAACACGCUUUGUUACAUUGAAUACAACCACUGCUAGAACCACAGCUAGCCUAUCUCUGAACCUUUUCCUAUGAAUCUAAGAUAUUAUUAGAAUGUCUAACCACUUUGUCACUGAGCUGGAGAGAAACAGUAAAUACAGUUAAUCACAUGCGUGUGCAACCUCAGACCACAUAAAGCAUCUCUGUUUCCUUUCUUUCCUCUCUAGAUCUAUCCUGUUCCUUUCUUAUUUUUUUCUAUUUCCUCUCCAGCGAUGGUGUUGAGUGAGAUAUUUUGGCAAGCCAUAAAAACCAGCCACGUUUUUCCAAAACUGGUUUCAGGUAGAGUGGUACCUCUGGUUCAGAACUUAAUUCAUUCCGGAGGUCCGUUCUUAACCUGAAACUGUUCUUAACCUGUGCGAUUUAUGUUCUCAUCCUGAAGUAAAUUUCUUAACCCGAGGUACUGCUUCCGGGUUAGCGGAGUCUGUAACCUGAAGCGUUUGUAACCCGAAGUGUUUGUAACCUGAGGUACCACUGUGUAUGGCAUUAAGCACUGCUUCAAACUUAUUUUAAUGUGUGCCUGUAAUAUUAGAUUUUUCAGGCAGCCUUUUCCACAUUCAGAAUACCCCUGAGAAAGUAGGACUACUAAAUAGAUGCUGGAUAAAUAUCCUCCCUGGAAGGUUGCUCUUUGUGUAAUGACAAAGAAGGAGCUCUGUGUAGUUACAUAUUACAAAAAGGCCUAGUUCAUACAUAUAGAUCAAGCCAAGAUAUACACAAAUUUCUCUCUUCUCUUCUCUCAUGUCACAAUGACCCUGGGAAUUAUUUGGUUAACCAUAGUUUCUCAUUAGAACCAAACCAUGAAACCAUACCCUCCAACAUUUCUCCGAUGAAAAUAGAGACAUCCCAUUCCAUAAUGAUAAUUUUACUAUUUAUACCCCACACAUCUUACUGGGUUGCCCCAGUCACUCUGGGCAGCUUCCAACAUGUAUACAAACAUAAUUAAACAUUAAAAAACACUUCCCUAUACUUCAGACAGUUCAGGGGGCAGAUAACUCCAUACCCUCCAACAUUUCUCCAAUGAAAAUAGGGACGUCCUAAGGAAAAGUGGGACAUUCCAGGAUCAGAUCAGAAACUGGGACAACUUCUCUAAAUCAGGGACGUCCUUGGAGAAUAGGGACACUUGGAGGGUCUGUCAAACUGUGGUAUUACCAGGUUAAGAGUCAGGAUCUUCAACCAUGGCUUCAAAUUUAUUUAAUAUCUUUGUGCGAUCCAAACCUGGUAAUGAUAAUUUCCCAUUUUGGAAGCAACAGAAAACAAUGGUUAGCUGAAAUGGGGUAAUUUCAUUGUGCUGAGAAGGGACGAGGGAAAUGGCUGCGUCCAGAAGACACAAGACUCAUUUGUGUCUUGGUUUCGUAAUCCAAGAUUUGUACAUCCGAACUGGGCUGAUAUUGAGUAAAAUCCCAUCAAAAUUACUCAGUAAAGAUUAAAGAUGGUUGGAUGAACAGACUGUAUAAUCUACUUUCCAUUUGUCGCAACUUCUUCGGGUUUGCAAAAUCCCAUGGUACGUUUUAGGAAUCGCACGUUUUUCAAACGUUCAGAUUAUCCACAAACCUGUAAUGGUUGAUUAAUUACCAUAUUGACGCCUUUGUUAAUCUAUACCUCCUGCAGACAACUCUAGGAAUGCAAAGGUGAUAUGAACAGGGUUUUUUUUAAUGGUACCUGAAUUACAGAAGGGGGUAGCCUCUGUACCUUUCAUGACAUCACCCUAAGCUAGUAUUUUGUGUGUUGUGAUUUUGCUAAGAUUGAGAGGAGUUGGGGUGGUGCCCCUAUAUUUGAUUCCAUAAAUCAAGCACUGUUUUUUGAAGAUUUGUAAGAUUAGGGGGCCAUAAGCCCUAUUUUAGGGACGCGGGUGGUGCUGUGGGUUAAACCACAGAGCCUAGGACUUGCCGAUCAGAAGGUCAGUGGUUUGAAUCCCCGCGACGGGGUGAGCUCCCGUUGCUCAGUCCCUGCUCCUGCCAACCUAGCAGUUCGAAAGCACGUCAAAGUGCAAGUAGAUAAAUAGGUACCGCUCUGGCAGGAAGGUAAAUGGCGUUUCCAUGCGCUGCUCUGGUUCGCCAGAAGUGGCUUAGUCAUGCUGGCCACAUGACCCGGAAGCUGUACACCGGCUCCCUCGGCCAAUAAAGUGAGAUGAGCGCCGCAACCCCAGAGUCGGUCAUGACUGGACCUAAUGGUCAGGGGUCCCUUUUCCUUUUAAGCCCUAUUUUACAGAGGGCAGUCUUCUAUUUAAAGGGCUGUCCAGUUUAAACAGGCGACCUAUUCAGUCUUCUCCCAUGUUGAACCAUUUCAGUUAUAGUUAUUGUAUCCAAGUGAUCUCUUUGUGUUCUUUUUCAGAGAUGUGCUUCCUUUUUCCCUUUUCCUUUUGGGAAAUGUGUUAAGUGGCCAUGUUACCUGUGGCGAUUUAUUAUUUCUCACAUUUAUAUCCUUCUUUUCCUCCGAGGAGCUCCGGGUAGCACCCAUGGGGAUUGUCCCAUAUUUCCUCUGAAACCUUGAAAAGUGGUUUUAGACUGAGAGAGAGAGCAAUUGACAAAAGAUCACCCAGUGAACUUCACGUCUGAGUUGACAUUCAAACCCAGAUUCCCCUGGUCCAAUCACUGUCAUUAGCUCUUUAAUUAGCUCUUCAAUUAAACCGUUUCUGAAAUGGGUUGUGGAUGCGUGACCUUUUUUCUUCUUCUUUUAACAGCAGGAAGAAUAAUGAUUUUUGUUUAAAAAAGGUUGUCUAAGUAAUAGGCAGAGCCUCCACAAACCGUGAAACGCAGAAAUUAAAACAUUAUGAAAGUCAUCCUAUUGGAUCAAGGGAGGAACUGAGUGAAGAAUAUAAAGCAUUUCUCUCAAUAAAAAUAGCUGUAAUUUAAAAAGAGGACCUGCAGUGAGGUUUUCAGUCUGGUUUCCCCUGGCUUUGCAGUGUGCAUGUUAGACACACAUGCAAAGAAACUGAACAUUGGAAGAAACUGAACAUUGGUUCAAGUCAUCAGUCUUGCAGCCCUAUAUUUUUAAGUGAAUUGUCUGCCUUAUGUAUAUAAAAAAAUCAUAUAGCCAUCUGUUAACAUUAAUUUUUAAGUGUGUGUGGUUGUUGUUUUUUAAGUUGCAAAACUACUCCAGGUAUUUGAGGCCGAAGACAAGUGUAUUUAUGAUGUCAUGGGCAUCUGUCAAUCAGUGUUACCCGUGUGAGGUUCUGCAGAAUAAUUGUGGGGUUUUUUGUCUUACAUCUCAAGCAAGGAGAGAAAAAGGCACAUUUUGAACAUGCCAGAGAUGUUUUGAAACUGACUCCAACCCUCUACAAAUGAAACAUCCCUGUCUUUUAAGAUCCUGUCUCCUUUCUCUUCCUCUGAGGCCUGGCCACAACUGGAGAAGCAAUAUUGGGUGAGGUUUGCUUCUCGUUCCCUGUGGAUCGUUUGAUGGAUUGGCUUGGCUUUGAUGCUCAAGUACAAGGUUGAGUUUUAGCAUGGCAUGUAUCAUCAGGUAAAAUCUCCCUGUCAUUCUCCCAUGGAUGCUUGCCCUUUCCCAAGAUAGAGAAAGAUAAAUGAUUAAUUUCCAGCUAACGCCUCUCCUUUAGUCAUAUACAAACUCUGUUGAUCUAUGGAGGGGGGUGCACAAGAUAUAUCUCUAUACCGAUUACGUUCUUUCAGACAUUGUGUAAAGGUGAAACUUGCCCUGCACCUGCAGAGCUGCACUUGGCCUGUUUUAUUUAGAGGCGGAAAGAUAAGGCCAGGAAUCUGCUGACGCACUGAGCUUCUCCUGGAGUCGCAUUACAGCACGUUGACAGACACGGAUGUAGCGAGAUGGACUCUGUUAUAUGAGGAGUAAAAUAUCUGUAUAGCACAUUCUUUACCUUUGGCAGACAACUGGUGUACAUGCCUGUGGCAGGGGACCUGACUCUGGGAAUAGCUGGUGCUUCUAAACCGAUUCUGGAAUUUCAGAAGCUGUAAGAAGACCCUGGUUUUAGGCCCCAUUGGCCAUUACGUCCUUGGCUGAAGAAACAAGUUAUUACCAACGAUCACAAGCAAAGGAUGCUGCACAGGAAGAUGGAAAAGUGUGAAAAAGCACCUUCUUGGUGCAUUGGCUUUUCUUCCAUAUUUUUGCUUCCUCAGGACAAAUCAUCCAAGUUAACAGAAUCAGUUCAGGCCGCUGAAAGACCAAACUGAUGCAGAUAUGGCUAUUAUCUUUGUUUGCUUAAGAAAGCUCUGUGGGGGGAACACACACAUCUGUGGGUGUGAGCCUGCCUGCCUGAGAACAGCAGCUAAGUUGGGGCACCGUGGGUGAACCCCAUAGUGGCUCAUUGCUGCAGUCAUAUAGGCCAGUGUGGGGCCAGCAGUCUGCAGCUGAUGGCAAAAAGCAGACCAAGGAACAAAAGAAAAGAUAUCUGAGGAUGACCUGUUUCUUCAUCCUGAUUAAUUUGCAGGGAGAUUAGAUAAAUAACAAUCAUUUAUUCUUUGUGGGGGGGACACGUUUAAUGUUAAGCCAAAGCUCGUGUCACAGUACAUUCUCCAGUACAUUUCCCCAUCACUAUCCUUCCUGCAAGAAGUCCAGUCCUUCAAAGUAAUGGGUUUGCUGAGUUCCUCCAGCUAUAAUUGUGCAGCCUGAAUUUGCUGGUAUGUGGUUGGAUCCCUCCAAGAAAUAGUGGCAGUCUGGAUAAGGCCUGAGAGACAAGGCCAAUGUGACCUAGGGAAUGUUUGUACAGGUUACAUAUGCCUCAGGUUACAGACUCCGCUAACCCAGAAAUAGUCCUUCAGGUUAAGAACAUUGCUUCAGGAUGAGAACAGACAUCGUGCAGCAGCGGUGCAGCGGCAGUGCGAGGCCCCAUUAGCUAAAAUGGUGCUUCAGGUUAAGAACAGUUUCAGGUUAAGAACGGACCUCCGGAAUGAAUUAAGUACUUAACCCGAAGUUCCACUGUACUACUCUUCACCCAACCAGAUGAAUGGUCUGGAAGCUUGGUAGGACUUAAGAAAUCCUUGAGGUAACAAGGGCGACCAGAAGAAGAAGAAGAAGAGUUUGGAUUUGAUAUCCUGCUUUAUCCUGCUUUUGGGGGGCCCAGGAAAUUCGGCAAAAACGACACUGCCGACACGGGCUCCUGCUUCCGACAGCACCCCGUCUUAUGGAUAGAAUCUGAUCUGAUAAAAUACCCUAUUUCGGUCAAGCUCUUCAGACUGCUUUGCACUUGGAGUUAAUUAGGUUGAGGGAUAGUGAAUUGCUCAGAGAAGAAGAAGAAAAAGAAGAAGAAAAGUUUGGAGUUGAUAUCCCGCUUUAUCACUAUCCAAAGGAGUCUCAAAGCGGCUAACAUUCUCCUUUCCCUUCCUCCCCCACAACAAACACUCUGUGAGGUGAGUGGGGCUGAGAGACCUCAGAGAAGUGUGACUAGCCCAAGGUCACCCAGCAGCUGCAUGUGGAGGAGCGGGGAAGCGAACCCAGUUCACCAGAUUACGAGUCUACCACUCUUAACCACUACACCACACUGGCUCACUACACACACUAGUUCUGCGGCUAUCCAGGCUACAAACAGCCUUGUUUUCCUUUUCCUCUGUUCCUGUUUGUUCAGGAACUAGCAUUCAGGGGGCAGUUUGCCGGAGGCGAAGGUAGACAGGAGCAAGCGAGUCUUUAAAUUCAGUCACGGGAAUCAAUCUUUGAAAAGCCUGUCUCCUGCUGGGCUCCUCCUGAGUCAGCUGCACUUAGCAGCACAUGGAAGUACCCUGAAAGCUUCCUUUCUGAAAGGAAAAGGAGCCUAAUGACUUCUAAGGACGUGAUGGGCAAAUGCAGUUAUAGAAAUCGAACACCUGGAGCUCCUCUGCUUAGUAAAUUUAUUUUGGACAGCUUGUCAGGUAUUAAUUUAUAUAGUACAGCUGACAGCUCGCUCAAACCGUUAAUACUUAUCAAGGACUCCCACAUGCUAAUAUUCAAAUAUUAAAAGUCAAUCUUUUCUUCUUCUUCUUUUUAAAAAUGCACGGAUCGGCUUAAGUUUGGCAUUAUAUAUAUAUAUAAAUUUUUUGUUAAAUACUUAUUUUCCAUCCUUGAGAAAAGACUUCGCUUCUUCUCUUUCCAUGCUUCAUUUUACCUAUCAAAAAUCCCUGCAUGUUUUACAAAAACUAUACCAAUCUGUAUUUCAUUUUUGCAUCCAUCAACUUAUUUACUGUUGAAUUUAUCUUAAUGCUUCCAGCAUUUUUCAGCUGUGCACAGUAAUUUCCCAUAUAUUCAAUAAACGUUUUCCAAUCUUCUUUAAAAGCAUGUUCUUCCUGCUCUCUUAUUCUAUAUGUUAAGUCUGCAAGUUGUGCAUAUUCUGUCAACUUAAGUUGCCAUUCUUCUUUGGUUGGGACCUUGCUCUUUUUCCAUUUUUGGGCUAACAAAACACGGGCCGCAGUAGUACCAUACAUAAAUAAACAUUUUUGACACCUGGGAAUUUCAGUUUGAAUUAUCCCCAACAAAAGGACUCAGGGUUUUUUGGGAAAGUACUUUUAAACAUAUUUUUUCCCCAAUUCAUUAUGGAUAAUUUCCUAAUACUCUUUUACCCUUUUACAAGUCCACCGCAUAUAAAAGAACGUUCCCUCCGUUCUUUACCUUUUUAAUUCGGUUGCAUAUUCCCCCCUUCUAGUUACGCUUCAGAUGCUUCCUUUCAGACACAAGCACACACUUUCUUCCUAAUUACUUACUAGCGCUAAACGGGUGGCUGAAAUUAGUCUAAUUGAACACCCGGAGCUGUCUCUUGGUUAAAGCGCUCUCUCUCUUUCUUUUUUUAAAUGAUAUUUAUUAAAAUUUCAAAGGAAAAAGAUCACAUUAAUAAGAAAAUUAACAAUAAAAAGGAAAAAUACAAAAUACAAAAAAGAAAAAACAGUUAAAAACAAUUCCAUCUUUUCAUUACUUCUUUUACAUUUACUUGUUUCCCGGACCUCCUCAUACCUCCCUCUUUUGUAUUCUAAUUCAAUUUGUUAGUCCAGCGAUUCCUUUCCCUCCUUUUUAAUCCUGAUCUUUAAUCUUGAUAUAUUAUAACAUUAAAUUUUUAGAUAUUAAAGACCAAUUUUUCCAUAUUCUUUUAUACCAUUACCGCAUGAAACCACUUAACUUCAAUCCGUCAUCAUUCUAACAUUCAUUAAUUUUACAAUAUUUCUGUAAGUAAUCUUUAAAUUUCUUCCAAUCUUCUUCCACCGACUCUUCUCCCUGGUCUCGGAUUCUGCCAGUCAUUUCCGCCAAUUCCAUAUAGUCCAUCAUUUUCAUCUGCCAUUCCUCCAGUGUGGGUAGAUCUUGUGUCUUCCAAUGUUUUGCAAUAAGUAUUCUUGCUGCUGUUUGGUUAAAGCGCUCUCAGCCAGGUUGUCCAGUACUGGGCCAGGAAAGCCCAACAUGGGAGGUGUGGGUAGAAAGGAAGGUGAUAACCACAAUCCUAAAACUGCUUUGUUACAGGGAGCUUUUUCAGAUACAGGCAGGAUUUUCUGGGAUAAUGCUGGAAUCAGACCCAACGCUGAGGGUACAUGAAACAGCAGGAUCUCUUGUGCUGACCCACUAGCAAAACUUCACAGGUAAAGGGAUCAUAACAAGAAAGGGAAGCCCUGGUCUUGCAAAGCCAAGGGUUGCACAUCUGACUAGGGCAUAGUAUCAUAGUAUUGUAGAGUUGAAAGGGAAGGCAAGGCUAGCCCAAGAAUCUUUCUCCCAGCGUGGGGCUCAAACCUAUGAACCUGAGAUUAAGAGUCUCAUGCUCCAGCGACUGAGGUGACACUGGGCUUCAGUUCCCAGUGGUGCUGCUGAAUUCUGUGGCCCAUGUGACAUUGGCUGUAGCUUGAGUCCUGUUUGGGGAGAAGGGGAAGCAACACACACACACACACACACACACACACACACAGGGGCUAUCCUUGUCCUGACAGUGGUUACUGCAAUGCGCAGGCCUUCUUUCCUGCUUGUCAUUUUUGAGCACUUUUGCCAGUGUCUUAAAAAAAUAAAUGAUUCUGAACUCCUUGAACCUGUGAGGAUUUAGCUGUUCUGUUCCCUUUCUUGGGUCAAUGUCUGCAAAGGCAUGACUCCCUGAUUAGGCAACCAUUUGGAAGGUUCCUGAUGUCUGCUAGUUUUUUUGGGGGGGGUGUUUGGAGUGGGACACAUGUCAUGGUUUUUUUAUUGGGUGGAGAUGAAACUGGAAUUAAAGCUGCCCCCGUCUGCCGAUAAACAGAGAACUGGAAAAACGCAAGUUUUGAGUUGCUUAUAUAUCAAAUGUUCCCUUUCCUGUGUACUUCCUACUCUCGGGCCACAAAUGGAAACGGAAGUACUAAAAUGCCUCGGGUGGGGAAGGCAAAUGCCCCCUCUCUGCUGCGUUAUUUAUAGCUUGAUGAUGAUUAUAACAUAUAAAGUAUCUACGGUCUUACCAGAAAACCCGUUUUAAUGAGGUUCCCAUCCUGGAUUUCUGGCCAAAGAAAUCUGGAAUAGCUUCUUAAACAACAUGGCUUCUACUUAUAUCAGAAUAGGAUCAGACCACUGAAUUACUCUUAAUUGCUACCUGCUCCCCUCCCUCCAUUCCCAACCUUCGUCUUCAUUUGAGAGGAAACAUCUUUGCGUUUCCUUAGCUCUCGAGCUUUUGCCCAUCAACAAAACAGCUGUGUACAUCGAUUUCCUUUUCCGUUCCCAGACCCCGGUGUCAUUAGAUGACUAAUAUUUUCCGUAAAGUUAAAGGAAAAAUGAAGCAGGGACAAUUAGGUUGUAGAGUUUACAUCUGUUUGGUAGGGACCAACUUCUAAUUGUGAAGGGAGCAUGAAGAGUUAUCUUCUUCCAAAUGGACACUAACUUACAGUAAAGGUAAAGGUAAAGGGACCCCUUCAAAGAAGUGUGACUAGCCCAAGGUCACCCAGCAGCUGCAUGUGGAGGAACGGAGAUGCGAACCCAGUUCACCAGAUUACGAGUCUACCGCUUUUAACCACUACACCACACCAGCACAAGAAGAGACUCUGCAGGGCCAUCACAUAGGGGCAAACCAGAGGCCAUGUGGGACAUGGGGAUAACUUCCUUCGCCAUGGCUGCUCCCCAGCAUACUGCCUCUGAUCCUGGAGGCAGCAUACAGCCAUCAUGCUCAGGGCCGGCCCAAGAAAUUUUGGCACCUGAGACAAACCACAAAUGAUUCUUCCCAUCACCGCCAGGGAUGAAGGGAUAUGUGAAGAUCUACAUCAGGACCAAGCAGGGAAUAAAGAUCUACAGUGGGAACAAGGGUGGAAGGAAACCAGCAGUGCCUCCUGUUCACCAAGGGGUCAACUGUAGAGGUGGCAUUGAAGGGGGCGGCUGCCAAGGAGGCACCGCAGCAGUGGGUGGUGCAGAUCAGCUGCCCCUAUGGAUCCCAAAGCUCAAGGUGGUUGCCUCACUUUGUCUCACAGGUGGGCCGGCCCUGCUAGUCAACCUUGAUAGCCUCUAUGAAUUUGACCCAUCUCCUUUGACAGCAAUCUGAGUUAGAGCCCGAAACCACAUCUUCUGCUACUGAAUUCCAUUCUUGCGCUCCAUUUCGUGGCUGUUAGAGAGGUCAGCUUGAAGAUGCGAUGGCAAAGGUUUCUAAUGAAACAUUUCAAAGCUUAGCCACCGUUGCUCUACAAUCACAAACCAUACUGACGCGCCAAUAUAUAUGACAAAGCAGAGUUCCUUUCAUGUAUUGUAGAAAGCAUUUCUUCAGCACAUCACAAAAGGGCAACUAACGGCCAUGCCACAUUCUUAAUUUCAACUUGUGUUUCCGUGUGGGUGCUCCAGGUAUAAUUAGUGGCCAUUGCCAGAUCCUAAGGGACUGGAGUUUGACAGCUAUGUGUCCAUUUGAAGAUACAGGUAGCCCUCUUCUUCUGUGUAUUUCCCACACACAAUUGCAGCCUUACGUGGAUCACCAAAAAAUAAUAGGCAGACAGCAGGGAUGGCCAGCAAUCCUAUCGGGCAUUGGGAGAGUGUUUGGGUGUGGUUGGAAAGUGGCGUGUGAGUUAAGAGCAGAGAGUUUUGGAAGCAGUUGGAGAGAGAUCAGAGGAGGCCAGAGAAAGCUGUGGAGGAGGUUGGAGAGUCAUCAGUGGAUUUGUGCCUUUUUUGCGGUCUUCUAGGGGUUGUUAUGAAGGUGGUGAAUGUCCUGUGUGAGUGUCUGGAGGUGGAUGGAUGGCGGCUAACAGAUUGAGGUUGAAUCCUGACAACACAGAAGUACUGUUUUGGGGGGACAGGGGGCAGGCAGGUGUGGGGGACUCCCUGGUCCUGAAUGGGGUAACUGUGCCCCUGAAGGACCAGGUGCGCAGCCUGGGAGUCAUUUUGGACUCACAGCUGUCCAUGGAGACGCAGGUCAAUUCUGUAUCCAGGGCAGCUGUUUAUCAGCUCCAUCUGGUACGCAGGCUGAGACCCUAUCUGCCUGUAGACUGUCUUGCCAGAGUGGUGCAUGCUCUGGUUAUCUCCUGCUUGGACUACUGUCAUGUGCUCUACGUGGGGCUAAGUUUGAAGGUUGACCUGGAAACUACAACUAAUGCAGAACGCGGCAGCUAGACUGGUGACUGGGAGUGGCCGCCGGUACCAUAUAACACCUGUCCUGAAAGACCUACAUUGGCUCCCAGUACGUUUCCGAGCACAAUUCAAAGUGUUGGUGCUGAUCUUUAAAGCCCUAAACGACCUUGGCCCAGUAUACCUGAAGGUGUGUCUUCAACCCCAGAUGGGUGGGGUAUGUAUGUAUGUAUGUAUGUAUCAACAAACAAACAAACAAAUAAUGCUGUUGUUGUUAUUAUUGUGGUUUUACAUGAUUUGGCUUAUACACGUGAUGGCCAGGAAUGUAACUCCCACCUAAGUGGUCAGAACUGAAGGAAGUUCUGGAGCAUUUCCAUCUCUCCAUGUUACUUAGAGGGUUUUCCCUGGCUAUAAUUGGCUUCUUGCCUGGCCCCCUCCAAUAUCAGCUGUCCAUUAGACCCAGUCCUGAAUGGUCUGCUGGCAACCUGGUGCAAAUAAGGAGCAGUUUGUACAGACAAUAGAAUCAGGUGGCAAAGCCCAGACAAGACCACUUUCCUGGACAUGGCCUCUCCAGACUGUAGGUUGGGAACUGUAUAUUUUGAAUGCUUCCCCAUAAAAUAAUAAUGAUAGUGUUGUACGUAGAAUUAUAGCAACGCAGGGUGAAAGCCAGGACAAAUGUCUAAAUUAGGCUUAGAGUAUAAGCACACCCCCACGUAAGUAUGCUCAUUCCACUGAUUCAUGAUACUGAGUUCUCUUAUGUUCUUAAGCAAGGGAGAGAGGGGGGAACGUGACAUUUUCAAGGACUUUCGCUUCCCAAAAGUCUUAUAUUUGGUUCCCCUUAUUAUGACCUGCAUAGCUACAAAUGCCAUUAAUAGCAACGAUAUUAAUCAGCACUGCUUCCGUGCCUGUUGCAGCAAGCUACAGAGAAUAGCUCAGUUCAGAUGUAGAAUUCUACUCUUCCUCAUCAUGGGCUUUGUGCUCCUCCUUCCUCUUCUUCCUCCUCGGGCUCACAGGCUCCUUGCCCCAACUUUUCUUAGACUGCGAUAACCAGACAUUCAAAUUGUAGCAUCCGAAUUAGCGCUAACUUGCAAGCUUGGAUUUUAGUCUCAACAUUAGUUGUUCAGUGUGGAUAUUGCAUAGCAGACUACUGGACUAGGAUUUUUAAGAGUCAAGACCCACUUUUAUCGUUAGAUUAUGUCAACAUGUUAUACCUCUGAAGACGGUUCAGGAACAUCAGCUGGUGCAGAAUCCGGCAGCCAGGGUACUCACCAGUGGGGAAGAUGGUUUGAGCAUAUUACACCAAUCCUGGCCCAACUGCACUGGCUGCCAGUUAGAUUCCGGGCCCAAUUCAAAGUGCUGGUUUUGACCUAUAAAGCCUUAAAUGGCUCACGGCCAUAAUAGCCCAAAGGCCGUUUCUCCCCAUAUAAACCGAACUGGAUCCUGCAAUCUUCAUCUGAGUCCCUUUUUCAUGUGCUCCCUCCACAGGAGGGAAUGUUUUCCCCAGGGAGGUUCACCUGACGCCUUCAUUACAUCUCUUUAAGCUCUUUAAGACAAAAAAACCUUCCUCUUUUCCCAGGCCUUUGGCUAAUUAAACCAUCUAUGGCCUUCUAAACCAUUUUUUGGGGGGGUUGUUUUGUUUGUUAAAGUGUUGUGUAUUUUUGUGUUUUUACACCACUCUGUGAUCCUUGGGUGAAAGCUGGUAUAUAAAUUUAAUAAAUAAAUAACCCAAGCACGCAUUUGAGGAUCCAUUUCUUAAUCUUUUGCCAUAUAUUUAUAGGGUGGUUUUGCUCCUGUUACAACCAAGAUUAGAUCAGUAUCUAACCAUUCAAAGACCAGUAGGCUACAGUAAGAGCAAACUGGAAAUGGAGAAGGAAAUCUACAUGUGAAAGAGGAGCCCACAAACCCAUAUUCCUGAUUGUCUGCAUUGACACAUUGAUUAUACAGUAUGUUACCCAAAGGUAGUACAUUUAAAUUCACCAGAUAUAAAUGUGUUUAUGUCUGAUGUGUUUCUCCUUGUUCUCAAGCCUUAACACAGAAGACGUAUAUGCUGAGAUUUUGUUUUAUCAUGAGCUACCUUUGAUAAGUUGUUUUGUUUUUGUUCCAUUGAGCUUUUGAUUUUUCUGUUGCUUAGAUUUUCUUUUGCAUCCUCUUCAGGUUUUCUGUGCUGCUUAUUAGUUGUGAUGUUGCUUUGAUCCCCACCACACACGGUACUCAUAGGAUUGUUGUUUUGCUGUUUACUGAUUGUUUUAACCAACGUUCUCCUUCUAGGAUAUCUGUUAGCAAAGAGAGGCAGCGAACAAAUAUUAUUACAGAUAACGAAAUAUAUCAAACGCAUCACCUCCAGCAUUUCCCACUAAAAUAAUUCCAUGACUUUAGCUUCCAAAUCCUGUUUGAAAAAAAGGAUGCAGACCACAUGUUUUGUCGCAGGAUGGUACAAGUGGCAAGCGGACCCAAAUUGAGUUUUCUGCCACAGUAGGUGACUUUGACAAUGCUGGCCAUUCGGGUUGGUGUCUUCAACAAUCCUAUCUGAUUCGUUGCUAAAUGGGCCAGAUAUAAAAGAAAGAGGUUUUCCCAGUAGUGAUGUAUGGAAGUGAGAGCUGGACCAUAAAGAAGGCUGAUCACCAAAGAAUUGAUGCUUUUGAAUUAUGGUGCUGGAGGAGACUCUUGAGAGUCCCAUGGACUGCAAGAAGAUCAAACGUAUCCACUCUGAAGGAAAUCAGCCCUGAGUGCUCACUGGAAGGACAGAUCCUGAAGCUGAGGCUCCAAUACUUUGGCCACCUCAUGAGAAGAGAAGACUCCCUGGAAAAGACCCUGAUGUUGGGAAAGAUAGAGGGCACAAGGAGAAGGACGAGAUGGUUGGACAGUGUUCUCGAAGCUACCAGCAUGAGUUUGACCAAACUGCGGGAGGCAGUGGAAGACAGGAGUGCCUGGCGUGCUCUGGUCGAUGGGGUCACGAAGAGUCAGACACGACUAAACGACUAAACAACAACAACAAAAGAAAGAGGACUGUUGAUUGGGAGAAAGGAAUAUUUUCAUCCUGCUACAAUUAAAUAGACAGACCACUUUGCAAGUGGUCGCCUUAUAUCAAGGAUGGAGGAACUGUAGACCUCUAGAUUUUGUUUGACUCCCAUCAGUGUGGCCAUUGGUGUGGGUUAACAGAUGUUGUAGUCAGGCAGCAAGGGGUUCAGAUUUGCCCUACCUGCCAUAUUUAUUUCUUAUUGGGUGGUGAUGGGAUCUGGCAUACCAUGUUCAUGGGGUAAUAUCACCAAAUAAGCUGUCUGUCUCCAUUGGUCUGAUAUGAAGUACAGCAACUUACCCUGAACAUAGAAUUCUGUGAAAUGUGAAUAGCACUGGUGAUGAUGAUGAUGAUGGUGAUGAUUUUAUUAUUUAUACCCCACCCAUCUGGCUGGGUUUCCCCAGCCACUCCGGGCAGCUCCCAACAGAAUAUUAAAAACAUGAUAAAACAUGAAAUAAUAAAAACUUCCCUAAACAGGGCUGCCUUCAGAUGUUUUCUAAAAGUCAGUUGUUUAUUUCCUUUACAUCUGAUGGCAGGGUGUUCUACAGGGCGGGUGCCACUACCGAGAAGGCCCUCUGCCUGGUUCUGAAUACAGUUUAUGAAUACAGUGGUACCUCGGGUUACAGAUGCUUCAGGUUACAGACUCUGCUAACCCAGAAAUAGUACCUCGGGUUAAGAACUUUGCUUCAGGAUGAGAACAGAAAUGUGGCGCGGUGGCAGCGGGAGGCCCCAUUAGCUAAAGUGGUGCUUCAGGUUAAGAACUAUUUCAGGUUAAGAACGGACCUCUGGAACGAAUUAAGUUCUUAACCCGAGGUACCACUGUAUAUGCAAAAAAACCCACCCAACUAUUACAUCCCCCCCGGCCCUUCUAUUUAUGAUGCAAAUGCAAAGGUUUGGGAGGGUCUACCACCCAGUCCUGGUGGCUCCAGAACACACUCCAGAUUCAUACAUUUUGAAAUGGAAUCCCUCCUGCCCAUUCAGGCAAGUUAAAGAGCAACCAUGUAUAAAAGCUGUGGACGGUGGUGAUCGAAAUUCUGCUUUCUUAUCUCGUCUUCCCUUCUCCCUCUACAGUGGUACCUCAGGUUAAGUACUUAAUUCAUUCCGGAGGUCCGUACUUAACCUGAAACUGUUCUUAACCUGAAGCACCGCUUUAGCUAAUGGGGCCUCCCGCUGCCACCGGAGCCCGGUUUCUGUUCUCAUCCUGAAGCAAAGUUCUUAACCUGAAGCACUAUUUCUGGGUUAGCGGAGUCUGUAACCUGAAGCGUAUGUAACCUGAGGUACCACUGUAUGUCUGUCUAGCAUCUCUGUCUGUCUGUCUCGUCUUUUUGUCUCUUUCGCUCUCUCAUAAGUCAGUUGGCAACAGUAGCAAGGAGAAGCAGCGGGCGAUGCCAGCAAGGCGGAGGCCUGCUGAAGAAAGAGACCCCCGCUGAGACCAGCUUUCCCCAGGGCAUCUCAAAUCCUGGAUGCAGCACAGCUGACAGAGGAAAAUCCUCAGUUUCCUUCUUUUGGCUGCAAACUGGCUUUGUUGAUGUGUUGCUACACAGAGACACUAUCUAGAUGGGACACAACUGAGCGCACUUGGCAGUACUCCUCUGCCCUAACAAUUGUUUUAAUAGCUCAGGUUCGGUUGCCAAUUCGUCUCCAGAUGUCUUCUGAGUUCUGACAUCCCUCCCAGUCAUGUAACUCCAGCCGAAAACUUUCAUAAUACUAUUUCUGUCUAUUCUCGUCUGCUUUGCUUACAUUUUGCAAUUCUUUGUGUACAUUGACCCCUUUCAGGGAUUUCUUUUAUUUUUAUUAUUGUUUCUUUUGUUCUCCUCCCCACCCCACCCCUGUCCACCGUCCAUGUUUACACUUCAGCGUAGAUGGACACAGAUGGAUGCUGCUGUACUUUUUAUAUUUGAAAACGGAAGAGUUGCUUUUAAUGCGGAUAGCAUGCAGAGUGCUUCCAUUGAGCAAAGCUCGCAGAAACAGAAGCACGGGGUCUUAUUUAUGCAAGAGUUCACUUCCACUAUCGGCAUCGUGCCUGAACUUUGAGAUCUGUGGCGAAGCCUCUUCUGGUGUGCCCAUCAUCUAAGUCACCUAAGGUCAUGGGGGAGAAGCUCUUCUCUUAAAAUGGUAAAAAGGUAAAGGACCCCUGUGUGGCGAUCACGCAGGGUCCCUGGACGUUUCACCAUCUAUUGAUCCCAGUGCCACCACUUUAUUUCUCACUGCCACCACCCAGGCCCUACCUGGUAAAAUACUGAGUCCAGUCAGGGUUAAAUUGGAACAUAAACUUCUGUUUAUUUAUUGCAGUUUAACAAGCAUGUGGUUCCAUAAACAGUCUCCAUCAAUUACAGUGGUACCUCAGGUUAAGUACUUAAUUCAUUCCGGAGGUCCGUACUUAACCUGAAACUGUUCUUAACCUGAAGCACCAUUUUAACUAAUGGGGCCUCCUGCUGCUGCCGCGCUGCCGGAGCCCGAUUUCUGUUCUCAUCCUGAAGCAAAGUACUUAACCCGAGGUAAUAUUUCUGGGUUAGCGGAGUCUGUAACCUGAAGCGUAUGUAACCUGAAGCGUAUGUAACCUGAAGCGUAUGUAACCUGAGGUACCACUGUACAAUCAUGGGGUGCCUAUCCAGACCUAUAACUUCCGCUACCUGCUCUCACUCACUAAACCAACUCUCAGAUAUUUACAGUGGUGCCCCGCAAGACAAAUGCCUCGCAAGACAGAAAAACCGCUAGACGAAAGGGUUUUCCGUUUUGAAGUUGCUUCACAGGACGAAUUCCCCUAUGGGCUUGCUUCGCAAGACGAAAAUACCUUGCGAGUCUUGAGAUUUUUUUCGCUUUCCCCUUUAUCUAAUCUGCUAAGCCUUUAAUAGCCUUUAAUAGCCUUUAGCAGCUAAUCCCUAAGCCUUUAAGCCUUUAAUAGCCGCUAAACCGCUAAUAGCGCUAAUAGCGCUAAUCCGUCAAUGGGCUUGCUUCGCAAGACGAAAAAACCGCUAGACGAAGACUCUCGCGGAACGGAUUAAUUUCGUCUUGCGAGGCACCACUGUACUUGUCUUCCUAGCUCCCAACUGUUGCUGACUCAGCUUAUUUCACUACACUAACUCAACCUACCCACAGACUCUAUCCCAAUUCACUCCCACUCCAACCAACCACCCAACUCCCAACGAACUCCCCCUUCGCCCCUCCCAGAGCUGGUUUCAUAGUCCCUCUGACUCCACCCCCCGGGUUCUGAUUGGGUAACCUGUUUAACUAUUUUCCCUCCAGCACUCUCAUAUGUUAACGUCACACCCUAGAUGGUUAAGUACAGUCAAAGGGGAAUAUGGGGUUGCGGUGCUCAUCUCGCUUUCAGGCCGAGGGCGUUUGUCCACAGACAGCUUUCCAGGUCAUGUGGCUAGCAGGACUAAACUGCUUCUGGUGCAAUGGGACACCGUGAUGGAAGCCAGAGUGCACGGAAACGCCGUUUACCUUUCUGCCGCAGCAGUACCUAUUUAUCUACUCACACUGGUGUGCUUUCGAACUGCUAGGUUGGCAGGACCUGGGACAGAGCAAUGGGAGCUCACCCUGUCACGCGGAUUCGAACCGCCAACCUUCUGAUCGUCAGGCCCAAGAGGCUCAGGGGUUUAGUCCACAGCGCCACCUGCUCUUCUCUAUGGUAGCCUCACAGCUAUGGCAUUCCCUUCCUUUAGAGAGCCAGUGUGGUGUAGUGGUUAAGAGCGGUAGUCUCGUAAUCUGGGGAACCGGGUUCGCGUCUCCGCUCCUCCACAUGCAGCUGCUGGGUGACCUUGGGCCAGUCACACUUCUUUGAAGUCUCUCAGCCCCACUCACCUCACAGAGUGUUUGUUGUGGGGGAGGAAGGGAAAGGAGAAUGUUAGCCGCUUUGAGACUCCUUAAAGGGAGUGAAAGGCGGGAUAUCAAAUCCAAACUCUUCUUCUUCUUCUUCUAGACCAGCGGUCAGCAAACUUUUUCAACAGGGGGCUGGUCCACUGUCCCUCAGACCUUGUGGGAGGCCCGACUAUUUUUUUUUGGGGGGGGGGAAUAUGAACAAAUUCCUAAGCCCCACAAAUGACCCAGAGAUGCAUUUUAAAUAAAAGGACACAUUCUACUCAUGUAAAAACACGCUGAUUCCUGGACUGUCCGUGGGCUGGAUUUAGAAGGCGAUUGGGCCGGAUCCGGCCCCCGGGCCUUAGUUUGCCUACCCUUGCUUUAGACCUACCCCCAUUUCUUAUACUGUCCCUGAUAAGGAUGAGUCUCACUGUUCUGAACCUGUUUGCCUUUUCAGCCCAUUAUCUGAACUCAAAUUCAGUCAGUUGCAGUUUGCGUUUCGUUCUAUGCUCUGGUGCUUUGCAAAAAGAACAUUAUUCUUAUCGAUUCUCCUGACAAGGUUGCGAGCGUUGCUCACAUAAUGGCUAUCGCUGUUCACAGUAUACUUCUGCUGCUUUUCAAAUGCCUGUCAUUCAGUAGCCCCCAUCUACACGCUCCCAGGGGUAUUGUAAUUUGUCUGUCUUUAGUUUUGACAUGCCCCUUUCUUCUUUCUACACUUUUAAGGAAUUUAAUGAGGCUUGAACGUGCAGCGGAACAAAGUGCUUUCUUUUACUCUUUUGCUGUUUUUACUCGGUUGUCUAUCCUCAACUGUGUUGUGGACCUUAAUUUGUUGCGGAUCCUCCUCAGGAGGUCUGGAGGGUGGCAACACGAGAACGGGACUUUCUCUGCAGUGGCUCCCCAUCUGUGGAAUGCUCUCCCCAAGGAAGUUUGCCUGGCACCUUCAUUAUACAUCUUUAGGUGCCAGGCAAAAACAUUCCUUUUCAACCAGGCCUUUGGUUGAUCUGAUUGGCAUCCUAUGCCCUUUUAAAAUGUGGCUCUUUUCUGAGGGGGUGUUAUUGGGUUGCUUUUAUUUUGAUUACAGUGGUACCUUGGGUUACAGAUGCUUCAGGUUACAGACGCUUCAGGUUACAGACUCCGCUAACCCAGAAAUAGUACCUCGGGUUAAGAACUUUGCUUCAGGAUGAGAACAGAAAUCAUGCGGCAGGGGUGUGGCAGCAGUGGGAGGCCCCAUUAGCUAAAGUGGUACCUCUGGUUAAGAACAGUUUCAGGUUAAGAACGGACCUCCAGAAUGAAUUAAGUUCUUAGCCCUAGGUACCACUGUAUAUAUAUUGUGGUUUUUAUGUUGAUCUUUUCUGUGAACUGCCCUGAGACCUCCAGGUAUAGGGCAUUAUAUAAAUUCUAAUAAUUUUAGUCAUCAUCAUCAUCAACUUAAAAAUAAUCUUUACCAUGAGUGUCCACUUGUUAGGGUUUGAGUCUUGUUUUAAAUUAUUGUUGCCUUUGUGUUUUCAAUUGUUUUUCAAUUCUUUUAUGCAGAAAUCACCUUGAGAUGGUGGUUUAGAAUGUGAUCAAUAAAUUGAUUGUAGUAAUAAUUAAGAGCACUCCAUCACAUGCAUGGAGAGCAACCUUCAGUUUCAGGGGUGUGUCCUUGUAUGUUCACAAACACACACAGGAAACAUAUAUAGAAUUGUGGGGAGUGGACUGUAAGCAAUGAAGUCAGAGGGAAAGGAAAUACAAAAUGGGCAGAUAGUGACUAUUCAAUUGGAGCUGGAAUGUAGGAACCGAACAAGUUACUUAGGGUGUAGACAAACGUAAGUUUGUGAGUAAUAUUGGUAUUAUUUAUUGUGUCUCCAGUAGGCUUGUCUUAGAAUUCCAGCAGAAUUCUCUCAGUCAGUCCUUGGUUGGCCUUUGCACUCUAUAUAACAUGCCAAAAAGUAGCACAUCUACAUGGAAGUAAAUCACACUAAGUUCACUCAUUAGUAUGUGCAUUUCUGAUUGCAGCUGUAGUCAACAAUGACUCCGCUGUCUUUAAAUGUGUAACACUGGAUUUGGGUUGCAGACUGUUCUUCCGAAUUUUCUGAAUUAUUGCUCUGAAACUUUUGACAGCCUUUCAGAGAUUAAAUGUUUGUGUGUGUGGUUUUUGUGUGUGUGUUCUUGUCUGUCAAGUGUGCCACCGUUUAUCGGCCCGUAAAAGAGAAAGACGUUUUCAUUUCUUAAAAACACCAGGAUAUGGAAUAACCUUUACAUAUAGGUUUGCCAUAUUUCAAAAAGUAAAAACCAGGACACCCUGAAAGUUGUUGAGCAUCUUUUGGACAAAAACACAAUUUUCCGAUUGACUUGCCUAAGAUCUGCCACUUUUCGGAAAUUCCCCCCGGACAUCAGUUCCACCUUUGAAAUCCUGAUAAUGUCCAUGAAAAUCCGGAUGUAUGGCAGCCCUAUUUAUGUAACAAUUUGCCUCUUAUGAUCUGGAUCAUUUUUUAAACACUGAAGUAUUCUGUGCUGCAGUAUGUGAACAUAGUCAGAUAUGCAUAAUCAGUACAGAUUGGCAGCUUUACAUUCUUAAAAUGCUAUGGCCCUGAUCCACGUCCAGUUACAAGCGUAUUGUCUUACAUAUUAGUCAACUUUGGAUGGGGAUAUACAUUCCCAUCCAUAUCAAGAGACACAUCCAGGUUCUUCAUGACCAAUGGGGCCCAUAUGAGUAUGGCAAUGUGGACGCAAAUGGAAACACAGAUGUUUAACUGCAUCUGGCAUUGGUUGUUCAGCAUCAUUGGCUCCCACUGUCCACAUCUGGCUCUUCCUUUGCUUGAUCAGAACAUCACAUUGCUAACAUGCAGUCACAGCUAAGUGGACCUGCCAAAUCCCAGUGUGCUUUUGGGAACCGCAGAGAUCUUUUUCUUAGUUCUAGAUCAGGGGUGGGGAACCUAUUGCCCUCCAGAUGUUGUUUGAUUCCUCCAGAUGUUGUUUGACUCCAAGUCCCAUCAGCCCUAGUCCUUUAUCUUUGUCCAGCAACAAGUCCCCCACCCUGGUCUAGUCUGUAAAGAGAACACAAACAUACUCUAUGGAAAGAUGUUGUAAUGGGAAGACUGUUCUGCACAAUACAGUGGUACCUCGAGUUAAGAACUUAAUUCGUUCUGGAGGUCCGUUCUUAACCUGAAACUGUUCCACUUUAGCUAAUGGGGCCUUCUGCUGCUGCUGUACCGCCGGAGCACGAUUUCUGUUCUCAUCCUGAAGCAAAGUUCUUAACCCGAGGUACUAUUUCUGGGUUAGCAGAGUCUAUCUAUCUAUCAUCGUCUAUAGAUCAGCAUCUAUCAUCUGUCAUCAUCUCUCUAUCUAUCAUCUAUCGAUCUAUUGAUCUAUCAAUCAUUUCUAUCAUCUAUCUAUCGAUCAUCUAUAAAUGCUUUGUGUGUCCGCUUCCAACCUUCCCCUUUCUCAACUUGAUUUAUUGGGGUGUGUGUGGGUGGGUGUGUUUUGUAAAUCUACCAAAGAAUUAAAUCAAAUCAGGAUUAAGGAGUUUUCUCAGGAGGGCGUGUGAGCUGUGCCCCAAUGGCGUUGUGCUGGUGACACUCACCCUUCUGGUAGGAAAUGCUCUGUGGGGUGGGGGGACACAAAAAAUAGAGGUGGGAUCAAGGAGGGUCAGUUGCGAGGAGUGAGAAAUGUGCCUAUUUUCAUCUGAGGAAUUUUAAUGGGUAUGCACUUCUGGAUGUGCUGUGUAGCCCCUUCUGGUGUCAGGCUUUGGGGGAUCGCCUUCCCCCGUGGCAGAUAAGAAGAUCAAAGAAAGGAACGUCUUACCAGUUAGAAACUUUUAUAAUCGCAGAGAGAGAACAGAGAACACAUCUCCUAGAAAUGGCGGUGCUCCCAAUUAAGGCUUACACCCCCUCCGUCCCUAUUAAACUACAUCACUCCUACAUCUUGUAAUCUGAGCUUGUACCCUCUGCACUAACACUUUCUGAGCUCUCUGUGUCUUUGGGGAAGGGGGGGGGUGAAUGCUGUCCAGAGACUGUGAAUCUGUUAACUCUUUCUCUCUUAGUGUUUCUUCUGCUAGUUGUUCCCCAUCCAGUAGUUCCCAGCUUCUGCCUUCGGAACUAUGCCCUUCUGCAAACCACUGUUCCAAAUCUAUACUGUCCUACUGCUCCUGGGAAGAUUCAGGAUCGUGAUCAGGGGGAGGGGUGGCUCCCACCAUUCCUCCUCAGUGCAGCCCUCCUCAGCACGGUCCCUGACAUCUGGAGACCAAGCCCUCCUUCAGUUUCAUGUGUGUCAUGCAGCAUACAACAGGGAUGGUUGUAGCCGCAGGUAAAUCGGUCUUCCAUUAUUGGAAAGAUACAUCUCCCAGUGAGUUUUAGAAUAGCUCUUUCAUCACAUGGCAGCUUGACGCAGAAUACCGUCUCAUUUUCUGUGCUGAUGGAUCCAGAAGCACUCGGACUGCCGGCUGCAUCUGUGAAUAUCCCACUCCAUCAGCACUGAGAGGAAGCUGAGGAUAAACGAUAGGCCGUUACCUUUAAAUUAAAAAAAAGAUUGGCUCACAGUAUCCCGGAGGAAGUCAAUGUAGGAGAGCUUUUAGUGUUCUCGUCACAUGGGAAGAACGUUGGGCGAUAUUUCUUUUUCAAGGCCAUCAAGGCCGCUGAUGAUGAAAGCUUUGUUGUAAUGUUUCCACCACAGUCUGGAAAAUUUUCUCAGUUUCAGAAGGCUGCCAAGUUAGCAGCUGCAAGCAAAUGUGCUGGCAAGUGGAAUUUUAUGUUGCUGUUGGAUAACAGGAAGCACAAAUGCAGCUCUUAGCAGAAGUGAGGCUGAGGUGGGACAAUUCAGAGCUUGUAAGGUUGCUGUAUUUCAAAAAGUGAAAACCAGGACACACCGGAAGCUUUUUUUAGGAAGACCCCCAAAUUGUUGAGUUGUGUGGUUUUUUUGUUUUGGUUUUUUACAAAAACGCCAAAAAACCCACAAUAUUUCUAUUGACUUGCCUAAGAUCCAGGACUAAGCUCUGCCUUUCAGAAAUUCCCACUGGACGUCAAUUCUGCCUUUGAAACUGAGGCACAUAGUUGAGUCAGUCAUAGUUUCAGCUGAUCAUCUAAAACCCAGCCCAGUGACUUAACUAUGAUUUAUUAACCACAAACAAACCACACUCAUAAGCCAAGACUGGUUUGUUGUUGGUUUAUAACAUUACUUAACCUUCACCAUAGCUCAAUAUUGCACACAAACGAGGCCAGAAUCUGGGUUUUCUUUCCUAGUUUUGUUUACCACCAGCUAGUCUAACCCAAAGGUAAAAUCUCCUUAUUCCUCAUGGCAUAGUCAUGAAAUGUAGGAAAACAAUGCUAAUUCUAUUGUAAAGGUGAACACAGACUGAUCCAACCUUUAACAGUCAAUUCUUUUUCUCCUGCUGAGGGUGUGUUCUGUGUUACAUCCACUUGGCUACUAUUUUUAGAUGACGAUCAGAGGGUAUGGGUUAAUAUAUAUAUAUAAUAAUGAGGGAUGUCAUGGGUUUGGGGUGGUGCAUUUAAUGAAGUCCUCUCCAUAAUUCCAACCCUGGCUUUCCUCACCUUUGCUCCAGUAGUCACUAGCAUAUCUUUCUCUGAAUCCGGUGCUGACCCAUACAAGCUUCCAGCUUUUAAAAUAAUUAAUCAGACACCCAGCAUGCUUAGGCACUCAAAUGUUUCUCAGCACCUCUUUUUGCAAGCCAGUCAAUCCCAUCUCCCCUACCUGCCCAGUAAGCAUACUGGAAAUGCUGCUUCAGGGUGGAGGAAUAACUAUGUGAUUGUUUGCAUACCUUGCUGGAAAGGAGAGGUGUGGCAGGAGAUCCAAGUUGGGCCCCAGGUUAAGGGUGCCCAGUGUGCAUGAUGUCAUGGCGUGAUGUCAUAACAUGAUGUCAUGAUGCUGCGCCCCCUGCCAAGACCUCGGAACCUGACUUUCAGUGGCACCGGAAGUCAGGUUCCAAGGUCUAGGAAGACCUCAGAAAGCAUCUCCAGGGCCUCAGAGAUGCUAUCCGAGGCCUUGCAAGACCUCGGAAGUUUGGGGGGCUGCAGUGCGGGUGCUGAGCACUCACAAUGAAUUUUUUGUGGGUGCUCAGGCACCCAGAGCCCCCUAUACUUGGUGCCCCUGAUUGUGGCUGGCUGACCCAUGUGGCAGUCGGAGCUCUGCACAGCUAGCUUUAGAUGGAAAGAGGAAGAACCUACUUCCCCUGAGCUCAGUUCUCUGAGGAAGGUUGUGCAUUCAGCCCAAAAAUGGUGCCUGAGGGCUCACCGCUCAAAAUAUGUAUACACCCACUGAAUAUAACACAUGCGGCGCUGUGGGUUAAACCACAGAGCCUAGGACUCGCUGAUCAGAAGGUCGGCAGUUCGAAUCCCCGCGACGGGGUGAGCUGCCGUUGCUCGGUCCCUGUUCCUGCCAACCUAGCAGUUCGAAAGCACGUCAAAGUGCAAGUAGAUAAAUAGGUACCACUCCGGCAGGAAGGUAAAUGGCAUUUCCGUGCGCUGCUCUGGUUUGCCAGAAGCGGCUUAGUCAUGCUGGCCACAUGACCCGGAAGCUGUACACCGGCUCCCUCGGCCAAUAAAGCGAGAUGAGCGCCGCAGCCCCAUAGUCGGUCACAACUGGACCUAAUGGUCAGGGGUCCCUUUACCUUUACCUUAUGUGGAGCCUCCUAGAUUGUGGGAUCUUGAGCUCAGUCUCCAGUCAGUUGAUUCCAUCCAUAUUGUUGCUGCGCCAACGUCCCAUCCAAUGUCUCGUUUGCUCCGCUUCGACUUUCCCACAGAUGGAGUGCUCCGCCUAAAUCUCAGGAGGGAUUGGCAACUCGCAUAGAUUUCUUGGAUGAAAUAUGUGUCCGUCGUUGAUUUUCAGCUUCAUGCGCUUCAAUAUUCAGGAGAAAUGUUGUUACUUUGCGUUGUCAGGUAGAGCGACAGGGUGGAGUAACGCUAAAGGAUGUGUGUGUGUGUGGAAAUCUGCUUGUACUUAAGAAGAAUGCUAAUUGGACUUCAGGGGCCAAGUCUAAGUAGCAGCAGACUUUCUCACGACCACGCCUUAAGCAUCUGAGCCCAGCUCAAAUUCACCCCAGCGUUGUGCCUGCUUUUCAGAGACUGAUGCUGGCAUUCUUCGUCAAAUGUCGUGUAGUGAAGAAAAUACUCUGUGUGCCGUGCACACAUGCCUGUAUUCAUUGGUCAAUUUGCUAUUCCCCCCCCCCUCCCCGGACUGUACCAAUUUAGACUGCAGGAUGAAGAAAGUAUGUUUGAAUUCACUCUUCCACUGGGGACUCAUUGCCUGUGGAACAGCAGCACAUCGUGGGGUGUGUUUUAACCGAGUCUUCCUUGUUGCGUUUGUAGUCUGGGAGCAUUCAAAUAUGCAGCCUUCCACCUGCAGUUAGUACAGUCUGGGGACUGCUUGAUCCUGCCUGUUGCAGAAAUGGGACCCAAUGCAGAAAGACAGUGCAAACAGUGUCCUCCAUAAUUCACCAGAGUGCAAGCAGCCAAAGUACAGCUGAGACCAUCUGGGCAUUUGUCCUGUAAUUAUUCUGCAAUUAGCGCCACAAAAUGUCCUUUUUCUGUAACAUCUUUUUCCUUAAAUGGGGAACCUGUGGCCUGCUAGGUGUUGUCAGACUGCAACUCCAAUCUUCCCUGACUGAUUGGGACGCAGGUGGCCAACUCCCAACUCCCAUUUUUAUUGGUUUGGGGAGAAAAAGAGGAACAUCACCAGCAGAUCGCAGGGGAAACAAACAGCAAUAGACCUGUUGGACAUCCCUGGUCUAAACCACUGAGCCUCUUGGGCUUGCCUAUCAGAAGGUCAGUGGUUCGAAUCCCCGCGAUGGAGUGAGCUCCCAUUGCUCUGUCCCAGCUCCUGCCAACCUAGCAGUUUGAAAGCACACCAGUUUGAAAGAUAGGGGCCGCUGUGGCGGGAAGGUAAAGGGUGUUUCCGUGCACUCUGGUUUCCAUCAUGGUGUCCUGUUGCGCCAGAAGCGGUUUAGUCCUGCUGGCCACAUGACCCGGAAAGCUGUCUGUGGACAAACGCCGGCUCCCUCAGCCUGAAAAGCGAGAUGAGCGCCGCAACCUCAUAGUCGCCUUUGACUGGACUUAACCGUCCAGAGGUCCUUUACCUUAUCUUUACCUUACCUGACCAUUAGCCAAUGUUGGCCACGCCUCUGAAGCAGCUUGCCUGGUGGGUCAGAGUGAAGUUCUAACUUCCAAGCGGUCGUGUUGUUACUGCUUGCUGGGAAGAGGAAAUGAGAAUAGUUUGGUCGGGGCUGUGUGGAUGCCCAAGCAGGAACACCAGAUUGGUUCCACCAUAGCUGUCAACUUACAGAUUUGAAAAUAAGGGACCAGCAGCCUUGAAAAUAAGGGAUCAGCAGCCAAAAUAAGGGACCUGCAGCCUCACCUGUUCCAGGUACUCAAGUCUUCCUGUCCUUCAGUCUGGUCAAACUCAUGCUGGUAGCUUCGAGAACACUGUCCAACCAACUUUGUAACCAGAGGUUCAACUGAAUAGAAUCUGAAUCACAUGCACCACAAGGCCUAUGCAGCCUCAACUUAAGAUGGCUCCCCGGCCUGGCUUUGCACUGCAAAGUUUGCAGCAGCACGUGCAACAAAAUGGUGUCCAGCAUUCAAAAAACCCCUCAGCUUGCAUUAACUAGCCACACACACACAGCCUCCCCCCCCCACAAGAUCUCCUUUCCUUUUCCCCCACCAUGUGCCCCUGCUCCAGACAGACCUUUUUGCCGGCAAGGGUGAGUGGGCCGUCGAUGACGUAUCCAUCCGAUUCUGAUCCGAGCACUCAGCACAGGUUUGUUCAACUUCUGAGCCCCUCUGAGCCAAAGGCAGAAAGCCCAGCCAGCAGCCAAAUGAAGCCUCAAGGAAAACCACCGUCACCUCUCCGCUGGGAAGCGCUGAGCAAAGGCGAGUCCCCAGGCAACACAGUCGAUUUGAUCAGCACAAGGCAUGCAAGCUUCACCCCCCCAGUUGUUCUUAGACUUCUUAUUGGGUGAGCAACACAGCCAAGCAACACAGGUGGAGCCUCCCUCCUCCCUGGCCGGCAGGGAGGGAGGGAGAGGAGCUGCUUCCUUUGAAAUUUAAGGGACAUCAUUUAAGGGACAUCCAUCAAUAAGGGACAGCAGCAGGACAUGGCGCUGGAAUAAGGGACUGUCCCUCCAAAUAAGGGAAGCUUGACAGCUAUGGGUUUCACCAAGGAACCCACACGUCUCCAGCCAUUCUGCCACCUCAGCUGAGUGCCACCUCUGUUCAGCGGCAGCAACACGACUGCCAGGAAGCUCGUAUUGUGGCUUUGUUCUGUUAUGAUGGCAUGGAAUUUGCUUCCACAGCAUAGGAGGUAGCAAUGGGGUCCAGAAGCAGUUCUGGAGACAAACAGACAUGUCAUGUUGCAAUGUCAGUCACCAGAUAGUAGGAAUGAAGAAAAGCUGGCAUUUCUCCGGGAGAAUGACCAGAUUGUUCAGUUCCUCUCGCAAAUAAAAGGCAGAUCCCUGCAGGUAACGUAAUCCUUUAAUCCCUCACUUAAGGUUGUUAAUCCUUUGUAACAUUUGCUGUUGCUUUGGGUUAAGUGGAGAGGCUUUCCUUUAACAUGGGAAGAGUGACAGGAGAUAAAAGGGAGCUAGUUGCAUUCAUUGUACUUACAUGUUUAUGGAAGUCACCUCAAGGGACUGAAACUGCCUUGGUCGCGCUGGUUGAUGAUCUCCGGCGGGCUAGGGACAAAGGUGAGAGCUGUUUCCUAGUUCUGCUGGAUCUCUCAGCAGCCUUUGACACCAUCGACCAUAACAUCCUUCUGGACCGUCUAGAGGGGCUGGGAGCUGGGGGCACUGUUAUACGGUGGAUCCGCUCCUUUCUCCUGGGCCGUGUCCAGAAAGUGGGGGGGGGGAUGAGUGUUCAGACCCCUGGGCUCUCACUUGUGGGGUGCCUCAGGGUUCCGUCCUCUCCCCCAUGCUUUUUAAUAUCUAUAUGAAGCCGCUGGGAGAGAUCAUCAGGGGGUUUGGGCUGGGUGUUCAUCAGUAUGCAGAUGACACCCAGCUCUACCUCUCCUUUAAAUCAGAACCAGUGAAGGCGGUGAAGGUCCUGUGUGAGUGCCUGGAGGCGGUUGGAGGAUGGAUGGCGGCUAACAGAUUGAGGUUGAAUCCUGACAAGACAGAAGUACUGUUUUGGGGGGACAGGGGGCGGGCAGGUGUGGGGGAUUCCCUGGUCCUGAAUGGGGUAACUGUGCCCCUGAAGGACCAGGUGCGCAGCCUGGGAGUCAUUUUGGACUCACAGCUGUCCAUGGAGGCACAGGUUAAUCUGUGUCCAGGGCAGCUGUCUACCAGCUCCACCUGGUAAGCAGGCUAAGACCCUACCUGCCCGCAGACUGUCUUGCCAGAGUGGUGCAUGCUCUAGUUAUCUCCCGCUUGGACUACUGCAACGCGCUCUACGUGGGGCUACCUUUGAAGGUGACCCGGAAACUGCACUUAAUCCAGAAUGCGGCAGCUAGACUGGUGACUGGGAGUGGCCGCCGGGACCACAUAACACCGGUUCUGAGAGAUCUGCAUUGGCUCCCAGUACGUUUCCGAGCACAAUUCAAAGUGUUGGUGCUGACCUUUAAAGCCCUAAACGGCCUCGGUCCUGUAUACCUGAAGGAGCGUCUCCACCCCCAUCGUUCAGCCCGGACACUGAGAUCCAGUGCCGAGGGCCUUCUGGCGGUUCCCUCAUUGCAAGAAGUAAAGUUACAGGGAACCAGACAGAGGGCCUUCUCGGUAGUGGUGCCUGCCCUGUGGAACUCCCUCCCAGCAGAUGUCAAGGCAAUAAACAACUAUUUUACUUUUAAAAGACAACUGAAGGCAGGCGUCUUUAGGGAAGUUUUUAAUGUCUGAUGCUGUACUGUUUUUAAUAUUCAGUUGGAAGCCGCCCAGAGUGGCUGGGGAAACCCAGCCAGAUGGGCGGGGUAUAAAUAAUAAAUUAUUAUUAUUAUUAUUAUUAUUAUUAUUAUUAUUAGGUGUGAACUUAGGUUGUGGUCUUGCUAAACCAGGGGUAGGCAACCUAAGGCCCAGGGGCUGGAUGCAGCCGAAUCGCCUUCUAAAUCCAGCCUGCGGACGGUCUAGGAAUCAGCGUGUUUUUACAUGAGUAGAAUGUGUGCUUUUAUUUAAAAUGCAUCUCUGGGGCAUAGGAAUUCUUUCAUCCCCCCCCCCCCCCAAAUAUAGUCCAGCCCACCACAUGGUCUGAGGGACAGUGGACCAGCCCACGGCUGAAAAAGGUUGCUGACCCCUGUGCUAAACAGAGGCCAGGGUUGCUCAGAGCUGGAUGGGGUACCUGCUUCUCCAGAGGUUGCUGGAUUAUAUCUCUUUCUUUCACACCAUCGGGAGUAAAGAGUCACAACAAUAUUUGGAGAGCCACCAGCAUAGGAGAAAUGAUUGCAUAAGCUGCAAUGUAUUUAAGGUUGUUAGAUUUAGGAGAACCAGGUUGCAAUGAGUCUGUGGUCUCAUUCCAUCAAGCCCAGAUCUUUACAAUUUUUAGAAAACUAUCAGAUGUGUUCAGUAUUAUUUUUCUGCCAAAAACAUUCUCCUUUGUCUUUGUCAGGUUCGAUGACAGCGCAGUGCAUCAUAUUCAUCUAUGACUAAUGCUAAUUCUCAUAAUUCCAUUAUUGAAGAUGUAGGUGGGGAAUUAAAUUGAAGGCAGAUAGCAAAAAACUUAGAAGGUUAUUUUCAGCAAACGCGGAGGUCUGUAAGGGGGAAGCUUUGAUCCCUGGCAUCUUCAGGUAAGGCUGGGAUAUGCCGUGAAACUUUAGAGAAUGCUUUCUGAGCUAGAUGGACCAACAGUCUCACUCAGUCACUGUGGACCAGUUAUUACCGUAUUUUUCGCUCUGUAGGACGCACUUUUUCCCCUCCAAAAAUUAAGGGGAAAUGUGUGUGCGUCCUAUGGAGCGAAUGCAGGCUCUUUGGCUUCAGCGAUAGCAAUGCGAAGCCUCCAAAGCGCAGAGGGAGCUCUCCCUCCGUGCUCCAGAGGCUUUGCGUUGCUUUCUCUGAAGCCUGGAGAGCGAGAGGCGUCGGUGUGCACCGACCCCUCUCACUCUCCAGGCUUCAGGGAUAGCCGCCUGAAGCCUUUGGAGAGCAGCGUGAGUUCCCGUUGCGUUAUGGAGGCUUCAGGUUCCUUUCGACGAAGCCAGGAGAGUCUUGCUCUCCCGACUUCAGCAAAAGGAACCCGAAGCCUGAGGAGCGCAGCGGGAACUUGCGCUGUGCUCGGAAGGCUUCAGGGAUAGCCGCGCGCAGCCCCUCUGGCAGGGAGAGGUUGCGCGCAGCCUGUACGCUGCUCUUUGGGGAUGGGGGGGAAUAAUAUUUUUUUUCUUGAUUUCCCCCUCUAAAAACUAGGUGCGCCCUAUGGUCCGGUGCGCCUUCUGGAGCAAAAAAUACGGUAACUGGGGGAUCUCACAAGUACAGAGAUUAUAAUAAUAAAUACAAAUGUUGCAUUGCAUGAACUAGAACUGGAAUGUUGGAAGGAAUGAGAGGAGUCCCCGUCCCCCCCGGGAACUGCCUCUGCAUUCACUAAGAGCUAGUUUACUAGAGCAUCAAGUGAUAAAUAAAUGAGUUGUCCAUGAGUUGUUAAGAGAUCAGAUGUCUCCAGUAGCCUGUCGUAUUCAUACACUCUUUUGCAGUGGAUUCAUAAGCUCUCACAACAUAGUGCAAGCCAUCAGGUCCCUUGUGUUAUUUCAUUGGGCAUGAAUCCCACGAUUGAACCUUGAAACAUUCUUGUCUACAGGGGCCAUUUGGUGAAAGUCUGGAAAACCAGUCUGCUGCCUUUUUCCCCACUUGCGGUGUGUUCGUUUGCAGAGUGGCGGCUCUAAUCUAUGGUUUAUGAGGACACCACAUUAAUUUCAUUGCACCGCACAUUACGCUUGAGUACUUUCAGGGCAAACCAAACAACACAACGAUGCUUUUAUCCUUGCUUAGGUUUAUUUGAGAGCAGGGCAGUUAAAUCAUGAUCAGCAGAUAUGACAGUAUGUUUCCAUAAUUCAGUCUGAGCUCUACUGCUCCCUUAGUCACAUUCAACCAUUUGCUAUCUGAUUGGAUUAGUAUCACUGGCAUUAUGGGUGGCAAAGAACACUAUUUUGAUAUGACUGGUGCAGCAGAAAAAUAACAUAAAAAAGCCAUAUAAAAGCCAUCAAUUUCAGUGAAUUCGGAAUUUAUGAUAUUUCACUGUUUCUCAAACACGCAGUGCUAUUUUUCCAGAAAAAGAGGUGCCAAAACUCACCAUGAAUGCUCCCGUCAUUCUCUUAGAAUGGCAAUGGCGCCCACCUGAGAGGUGCUAGCAAGUCCUGGCCGUGCUCACCCAUGAUUUCUUUAUCUUAAGAAUAAGAAAAUCUAAUUUCUUGCACUUUCAAGGGCCCUGAGAGUGUUCCUAAUAAGCAUGUACAGUGGUACCUCGGUUAAGAACUUAAUUCAUUCUGGAGGUCCGUUCUUAACCUUAAAUUGUUCUUAACCUGAGGUACCACUUUAGCUAAUGGGGCCUCCCGCUGCUGCCAGCACACGAUUUCUGUUCUCAUCCUGAAGCAAAGUUCUUAACCAGAGGUACUAUUUCUGGGUCAGCGGAGUCUGUAACCUGAAGUGUCUGUAACCUGAGCUACCAUUGUAGUCAGUACCACUCAGUUUCAUUUGGGCUCUGAAAUCCUAAAGACAGCAGAUCAGCUCUUCCGUCAAAUUACUGAGGGAGCAGGUCUCAAACAGAAACGAGUGUAGGCAUGUAUUGCCCUUUCGCUUUCUAAUUACAGAGUUAGUUACAACAGACAAGCAAGCAAAGUUGGGGAAAGUGGUAGAGCUAAUGGCAACUCCAGGCAGUGCUGCAAAAGACUCCGGGCUGAACCCCCGGAGAGCCACUGCAAGUCUGUACAGACAGUGCAGAUGUACCCUUUGUCAGACUCUGUACAGUGGUGCCUUGGUUUAAGAACAGAUUACCGUAUUUUUCACUCCAUAAGACGCACCUGACCAUAAGAUGCGCCUAGUUUUUAGAGGAGGAAAGGGGGAAAGCCCCGUUUUUUUGGAAUCAGCUCACAGUUGUGCAGCUUCUUUUGCAAAGGGGAAAAGCCCCGUUUUUUGAGGGGGUCAGCUUAAAGUUGUUGAGCUUACUUUGCAAAGGGAAAAAAUCCUGUUUUUAUGGGGUUCAACUCACAGUUCUGCAGCUCCUUUAGGAAAGGAAAGGGAGCCAUUUCUGCAGUUUCCAGACAGAUAAUCUCAUCAGCCAUUCACAUGUCGCUGGGGAAACAAACAGCUUCCGUCUGCAGAACAUUCAACAAUGGAGGCCUGGGCAAGGGGGCGGGGCCAGAAAGGGAGCCAGUGGUCGACCACACAUUCGCUCCAUAAGACGCACUGACAUUUCCCCUUACUUUUUAGGAGGGAAAAAGUGUGUCUUAUGGAGUGAAAAAUACGGUAGUUUAUGAACAACUUGGAUUAAGAAUGCUGCAAACCCAGAAGUAAGUGUUUUGGUUUGUGAACUUUGCCUUGGAAGCAGAACAUGUUCUGCUUCCUGUUGAGUGUGUUCCAUUUGUAAAUUGAGUCCCCCGCUGCUAUGGGAAAGCACGCCUUGGUUUAAGAAUGCUUUGGUUUAAGAAUGGACUUUCGGAACUGAUUAAGUUCGUAAACCAAGGUACCACUGUACAGUCAUACCUCGUGUUGCAUCCGCUUCAUGUUGCAUCUUUUCGCGGUACAUCCCGCGGCAGCCCAGAAGUACCAGAAUGGGUUACUUCUGGGUUUCGCCACUCUCACAUGCACAGAAGCACUAAAUCACGCUUUGCGCAUGCACAGAAGUGUCAAAUCACGCCACAUGCCUGCACAUACUCACCGCUCCGAGUUGUGGGCAUUUCACGUUAUGGACGGGCCUCCAGAACGGAUCCUGUUUCUAGCAUGAGGUACCACUAUAUUAGGAAGAUUGCUAUGUUCCUAAACUAGUGACAUUUGAAGAGGGACGCAGGUGGUGCUGUGGUCUAAACCACUGAUCCUCUUGGACUUGCCGAUCAGAAGGUCAGCGGUUCAAAUCUGUGGUACAGAGUGACCUCCCAUUGCUCUGUCCCAGCUCCUGCCGACCUAGCAGUUCGAAAGCUCGCCAGUGUGAGUAGAUAAAUAGGUAGCGCUGCGACGGAAAGGUAAACUUGUUUCCAUGUGCUCUGGUUUCCUUUACGGUGUCCCGUUGCGCCAGAAGCGGUUUAGUCCUGCUGGCCACAUGACCCGGAAAGCUGUCUGUGGACAAACACCGGCUCCCUCGGCCUGAAAGCGGGAUGAGCGCUGCAACCCCAUAGUCGCCUUUGACUGGACUUAACUGUCCAGGAGUCCUUUAUCUUUACUUUUUUUUUUUACGUAUGAAGAUGUACCCAUAGGGACAUCUAUUCCUUAUAAAAAAUGCAUUUAGUUGAGAAAAAAAGAAAAAAGAAAAAGCACUGAAUUGAAUAAGGGUCCUUUCCAGUCAAGCUGGAACGGCAUUUGCCCACUUUUGAUGUCAGCCCUUGCAGAGAGCAUCCCUUGACUUUAUACAGACAUCUGAUUCCCCUUUGAUAUUUGCAGAUGCAUGUCUGAAUCGAAAAACCCAUCACAUUUCUUUCUGUACGGAUGUUUGCUUAUUCCUCUUUCCUUGGUCCUGCUUUUAACUGUGCUUGUGUUGUGAUCAGUUUCAACUUUAGCGAAGUUCUCUCAUUUCUUAUUAAGGCUGUCCAGGUUUUGGCAUCAAUGCAAAGCCUUUUACUACAGAGCGAGCGCAUUUCUGCUUUGCUAAGUGCACUUUGCAAGGCACAUUUCCUUUGAUGCAGCAAGCUUGAUUAUCGAGCAUAAAGCAAGCUUUGCAGAAUCUAGGCUAGUGCUGUGUACUCCAUUUUCUAGAAAGUAGUCUUCUCUUAGGAAAGAGGCUUAUUUUUUUCUGCCUCCUCGUGACACUUUUUUUAAAAAAUAGAAUUUUGGUGGUUCCAGAGUUCUUGUUUAUUAAUUUAAUUAAUUUAAUAUAAAUUAAUUUAAUAUAACACUUGCAGACGCUCCAAGUGUGCCUGUUUUCCAGGGACAGUCCUAGAUUUACAGGAACCAUCCUGGUUUCUGAGUUGAUCCUGGAAUGUCCGACUUUUCCUUAGGACGUCCCUAUUUUCAUCGGGGAAAUGUUGAAAGGUAUGGAGUUAUUGGACCCCUGAUCCAAAGAGAUAAGUAACUACACAACUUUUAGAAGACAUCUGAAGGCAGCCCUGUAUAGGGGAGUUUUUUGUUUUAUUAUGUUUUUAUAUAUGUUGGAAGCCGUCCCUCAUUUCAUCGGUGAAUUGUUGGAGGUUAUGCACUUGCAUGGUAAAAUAGCUUCUAAGGAGUUUACAAGUAUAAAAUACGACGUAACUAAAAUGCAUAAGUAAAUGCAUAAGUGCAUAAUUAAAAUACAAUAAAAGAAUUCCAUCCAAGGAAUGAAAGCAUCUGCAAUUGAAAAAUGCAAUAAAGCAAAUCAGUUUAAUGAUGAUGAUGAUAACAACAACAACAAUAAUAGUACUAUUUACAACACAUAAAAAAUUGUAAAGCAUUAGACAUUCUUCUUCUUCUUCAUUCGUAGCUGAGUAAGAUUGUCUUCCAUAAACACGGUUUUAACAGUGAGUCCGCAAGUGACUGUGGAGGCCAAUUGUGAAUCCACAUGUCCUUCCACAGUGGGGACACAGGUUUCUGGGAAGGAGUUGAUCACAGUGUGGAUUUGCUAGGUGUGCCUUCCUCUUAGCAUGUUUCUCCCCUUCGUCCUGCGUUCGAGCGUCUUCAAAGCCCAUGACACCUUUGGUAAAGGCUGUUCUCCAAUUGGAGCGUUCGCAGGCCAGUGUUUCCCAAUUGUUGGUGUUUAUACUACAUUUUUUUAGAUUUGCCUUGAGAGAGUCUUUAAACCCCUUUAAACCAGCAUUACACUUUCUAUUUUUAAGUUCGGAAUAGAGUAGUUGCUUUGGAAGAUGAUAAAUUUACCAAUACAGGGUUGCCUAACAAUUAAUAAAAACAAGUAGGGCACAAGCUCAGGGGAAUGCUUGCUUCUAAACAGGUGGAUCUACAAGAGCUGGAGUGUUAAUACCAAUUGUUGUUGUUGUUCAGUCGUGUCCGACUCCUCGUGACCCCAUGGACCAGAGCAUGCCAGGCACUCCUGUCUUCCACUGCCUCCCGCAGUUUGGUCAAACUCAUGCUGAUAGGUUCGAGAACACUGUCCAACCAUCUCAUCCUCCAUCGUCCCCUUCUCCUUGUGCCCUCCAUCUUUCCCAACAUCAGGGUCUUUUCCAGGGAGUCUUCUCUUCUCAUGAGGUGGCCAAAGUAUUGGAGCCUCAGCUUCAUGAUCUGUCCUUCCAGUGAGCACUCAGGGCUGAUUUCCUUCAGAAUGCAUAGGUCUGGUUUUCUUGCAGUCCAUGGGACUACCGAUAGGAAGUGCUAAAAUUCCGCAAUAUUGGUUCACCAGCAAGAAAGGCUUGACGUCUUCAGGUGUUUUCGGCCAUUCUGCUUGAAUGCAGAAGCCAACAUGGGUGCAGGGAAACUGUGAUGAGCUCCACCCCCUUGCUCUCUCUCCCCCUGCAUUGACCCCCAACGCAUGGAGGAGGCAGAGAUGGGUGUUUGUGUUUGGACUCAUGUCCUCUUCUCCCCGCUUGCAUCUUGACUUUGCACGCAAGUAAAAUGCCCAAAGAGAACUUUUUGGUCAGAUGAAGUGAUGAUGAGAUGCUAUCUCUUCAGAAACGAGCUUCUUUGGUUUCCCAGAUUAUUUUGCCCAGUAAUGAACGUGUGUUGCCUUUAGGAAGAGCGAGCGUUUUCAAAAUGUGUUCUUUCAAGCAUGACAAUGCAUUUCUUUUCUAGCAGGGCUUUGUUUGAAAUAGGGUGUUGCUUUCUUGCUUCUUCUUUUUUGGCACCAGGUUGCUCAGGAAAGAAAGUUAUUUUAAAUGUCCAUUGAGGACAUGUUUUUAAAACAGGAAAAAACACAGCGCUGAGUUGAUAAUAGUUUGUCGCAAAAGGUUAACCCAGUUUAAAUGGGUUUGCCAUCACUAGGAGAUGGAACAUGAUGUUCUAAGCCAGUUCUCAGUUCAGAGCCACACAGCUCAGGAAAGUAGAGGGCUUCUUUGUGGAAUUCUGGACCUGUUUUAAAGCACAUCUUUGUUCAUUUUCCACCUGUGUGAAAUAAAUCUAAAAGUAAAGGGACGCGGGUGGCGCUGUGGGUUAAACCACAGAGCCUAGGGCUUGCUGUUCAGAAGGUUGACAGUUUGAAUCCCCGCGACGGGGUGAGCUCCCGUUGCUCGGUCCCUGCUCCGGCAACCUACCAGUUCAAAAGCAUGUCAAAGUGCAAGUAGAUAAAUAGGUACCGCUCCGGCGGGAAGGUAAACGGCGUUUCCGUGCGCUGCUCUGGUUCACCAGAAGCAGCUUAGUCAUACUGGCCACAUGACCCGGAAGCUGUAUGCCGGCUCCCUCAGCCAAUAAAGCGAGAUGAGCGCCGCAACUCCAGAGUCGGUCACGACUGGACCUAAUGGUCAGGGGUCCCUUUACCUUUUACCUAAAGGGACACAGGUGGUGCUGUGGGUUAAACCACAGAGCCUAGGGCUUGCCAAUCAGAAGGUCGGCAGUUUGAAUCCCCGCGACGGGGUGAGCUCCCAUUGCUUGGUCCCUGCUCCUGCCAACCUAGCAGUUCGAAAGCACGAAGUGCAAGUAGACAAAUAGGUACCACUCCAGCGGGAAGGUAAAUGGCGUUUCCAUGCGCUGCUCUGGUUUCGCCAGAAGCGGCUUAGUCAUGCUGGCCACAUGACCCGGAAAAACUGUCUCCCUCGGCCAGUAAAGCAAGAUGAGCGCCAGAACCGCAGAGUCAAAGGGUCCUUUACCUUUAUGUUGGAGGUUUUUAAACAGAGCUUGGAUGGCCAUCUGUCACAGAACAGAAAUCGUGCUCCGGCAGCGCGGCGGCAGUGGGAGGCCCCAUUAGCUAAAGUGGUGCUUCAGGUUAAGAACAGUUUCAGGUUAAGAGCGGACAUCCGGAACGAAUUAAGUACUUAACCCAAGGUACCACUGUAUAUAAAAAUAAAAAUAAAGUCAUAUUGUCUGCCUAGCUUUUGCAAUAGUAAUGAAGCAACAGAAGCUGGUUCACAGUCUUCCUUGCUUCAGUGAAAUCGUAUGUCAAAAAUGCAUUUAUCAUAUGUCAAAUCUAUCCUAGAAGCAUGCUUUUAUUCCCUUAUACUCAAUAUUUUUGUUACGCCUUCACUCCCUUCUUACCUCUUGCCAUUAGUGUCACUAUGCAGUGAAGAAAUUGAAUGAGGAUAAUUGAGCUUUUGCAUUUAUUUAUUUUCAUUUUCUUAUUACAUUUAUAUCCAGGUGGCAUGGUUAGGCUGAGAGUCCACACAUUUUACAUGAUCGUUUUUUCAGUAAGUGUUAAGCAUUUGGCAGAUUUCCUACAUUUGCCUGCAUUUGACAGAUUUCUUACAUCUUUGUUAACCAAUAUACACUUGUUUUUUGGGUAGAGGAUGCCACCACAAUUAAGUUAAAUCAGGAUUUUUUUAAAAAAAAUCUUUUGACGUACAUUAUAUGUAGGUUUUAGUGAAAGACACCACAUCAGGUUGUGAAAUCAUGCUAUGCACUUACUUGGAAGUAAAACCCAUUCAGAUUAAUGCCACAUAUGUCUAAUAAACAUGCCUAGAACUGAGUAAAUAUGCUUCAUAUCCCAGUCCUAGUUUGAGAAGAAUUUUAUCAUACCUAUUUAAAAGAGUUGUAUUUGUCCAAAAUAGUAUCCAUGGAGUCAACUGUUUGUUUACUGUCAUAAAUCUAUCUUGUAGGUCAUGACUGUUGGAGAAAAUAAGUCUGAAGAUUAGAGACAGAGGAGCGUAUGGGAAAAUGCUGCUUGAGUCUAGACAGAGCUGUGCAUGUAGGAAUUUAAAUUUCCAUAGUACAAAACAGAGUUGCUUAAACAACGCAAAGCCAUGGAGCGAGAUCUAGCUAUUGGCAUAAAACCCACUCAAGGCCAUUGAUUUCAGUGGGUUUUCGCUUAAUACAGUGGUACCUUGGUUCUCAAACACCUUGGUUCUCAAACAACUUGGAACCCAAACACUGCAAACCUGGAAGUAAGUGUUCCGGUUUGUGAACUUUUUUUGGAAGCUGAACGUGCUCCGUUUUGAGACUUACGCUUCCAAGUUUAGUGCCACACUUCUGUUUGGAGUGUCACACUGAAGUCUGUCUGUUUUUGCUACUUAUUUUGCAUUUUUGUGGCUCUUUUUUGUGUGUGUGACUGUGUGGAACCCAGUUCAGCUACUGAUUGAUUGUGUGACUGCAGUACAGUGGUACCUCGGGUUACAUACACUUCAGGUUACAGACUCCGCUAAUCCAGAAAUAGUACCCCGGGUUAAGAACUUUGCUUCAGGAUGAGAACAGAAAUCGUGCUCCGGCAGCGCGGUGGCAGCGGGAGGCUCCAUUAGCUAAAAUGGUGCUUCAGGUUAAGAACAGUUUCAGGUUAAGAAUGGACCUCCGGAACAAAUUAAGUACUUAACCUGAGGUACCACUGUACACCAGGCACAUCCAACUCCCAAGAAACUGUGAUCUACUCACAGUGGUACCUCAGGUUACAUACACUUCAGGUUACAUACGCUUCAGGUUACACACUCCACUAACCCAGAAAUAGUACCUCAGGUUAAGAACUUUGCUUCAGAAUAAGAACAGAAAUCGGGCUCUGGCGGCAGCAGGAGGCCCCAUUAGCUAAAGUGGUAUCUCAGGUUAAGAACAGUUUCAGGUUAAGAAUGGACCUCCAGAACGAAUUACGUUCUUAACCCGAGGUACCACUGAACAUUGUUUAUUGCUUUCAUUUUAUGGAUCAAUGGUCUCAUUAGAUAGUAAAAUUCAUGUUAAAUUGCUGUUUUGGGGAUUGUUAUUAAAAGUCUGAAAUGGAUUAAUCCAUUUUCUAUGGAAAAGCACGCCUUGGUUUUGGAACGCUUUUGUUUUGGAACGGAGAUUAAGUUUGAGAAACAAGGUAACACUGUAUGGCUAUCACCCAUUGGCCACAAAAGCAAUGGAGGAUGGAUGAGCAGUGCUCAGUGUUGUUGAGGAUAUUUCUUCUUCCUUUCGAUGAUCAAAUUAAGAACAUAUGAUAGGGGCUUCCGGAUCAGAGAUCCGUCUUUCCCAGAAAAUCUAUUUCUAUCAGUGGUGACCCAGAUGUUUUUGGGAUGCAAACAAGCUGGGCACGGGAGCAAAAUGCCUCUCCUGUUUCUCCUUCAGUGUAACAGCUGACAGUCAGUAGGGGUAUGCAUUUAUUUCAAAAAACAAAGGCAAAGGGCAAAUGAAUGCUCCCCCGUUCAUUUUCAUUUUCACUUGUAUUUGUGAGCAUGCAAACUGCCUGAAAAUUGACAUGCACGAUGUGCAGAGGUAGCAGUUCAACGUGUGAAUAUUUCAUGCCUUUUGUCUGGAAAACGCCAAAGGUACAAUCUGGAGAAGAGGAUGGGUCUCCUCUAAAAGGAAGCUUACCGGGUGUCCUGUCCUUUUUCAUCACCUCUAAAACAAGGAGAGCCAGUGUGGUGUAGUGGUUAAGAGCAGUGGACUCGUAAUCUGGUGAAUCGGGUUUGAUUCCCUGCUCCUCCACAUGCAGCUGCUGGGUGACCUUGGGCCAGUCACACUUAUCUGAAGUCUCUCAGCCCCACUUACCUCACAGAGUGUUUGUUGUGGGGGAGGAAGGGAAAGGAGAUUGUUAGCCACUUUGAGACUCCUUAGGGUAGUGAUAAAGCAAGAUAUCAAAUCCCAAGGACCUUUUGCCCAGUCUGUCUGAAAUUUUCAAGUUUAGUGCCCUGAGAGAAUCGUAGAAUUCUGCAUAUUUGGUGCCGUUUGAACAGAAAACACCAAAGUUAUGGACAUCGGAAUGCAGUGGGGUCUCUGCUGAAACCAGCAAGCGACCAAUUAAAGUAGAAUGAAGCUGAUUAAAACGAAGGCAUUUUUGUUUUUUUAAAAAAAGUUUUGUUUUGUUUUCCUUCACCUUUACAUCACACACACUUAGUAUUCAGUGACAUCCUGGAAAUUGCAUGUAGCUACUGUGGUUAAUUGUGGUUGGUAGAGACUUGUCCUCUGAAAUUGUCUGAUCUCCUUCCAGAACAGCCUCAGGCCAUCAUCAAAUAAUUCAAUCUUUCUUCACAAAGAAUAAGCCAAAGAACCUGGUCCAUGCAAGGAUCGGUGACAGUUGAUGUGGAAAGGGAAGCAAUCUUAUUCAGCACCAUUUCGGUCCUUUUUUAAAAAAAGAAGUUUAUUUAUGAUUUUCAUUUAUAACAAAUAAACAUUUCAAGAAAGAAAUUAAAACAAUUCUCACAUAUCGAACUUUGACUUCCCUCCCCCUCUUUCAGCGGUUCCAUGAAUUUACCCUCUCUUUUUUUACGCCAAUAAACACUAUCCCAAUAAACACUAUCAAUUCUUUUCCUCAUCCAUUUCAUACAGGUUUUAGAAACUACAAGUUUUUACAGCAAUCCUGCUAAUGUUUUAAUUUGUUUGUAAAGAUCCAAUAAACGAUUUCCAUUCCUUGAUAAAAAGUCUGUUGUCUUGAUUUCUUUUCCUUCCGGUAACUUUCGCCAUUUCUGCAUAGUCCAUGAAUUUCUGUAAUCAUUCUUCUUUCGUCGGGACAACUUCUUCUUCCCGCUUUGGGGGAAAUAUCAUUCUUGCAGCAGUGAUUGCACACAUAAAUGAAUAUCUAUAUUGUUUAGGUAACUCUGAUCCCAUCAUUCCCAAGAGAAAAGCUUCUGGGUUUGGGGUUGCUGCUUUUUUACAAUUACAAUUGCACAAUUUCAGUCCUGGCUUGUGUACUUUUCCUUCUUUCAUUUUGCAGGCUCUUCCCUUGCCCUCAGAUCGGCACUAGAGUCCACGGCAGGGGCAAAUAGGAAGGUGGAGGGGAAGAAGGGUAAUUUCCACUUGUAGAAACAAAAGUCUCCUGUGCAUAGGUAAAGGGACCCCGACCAUUAGGUCCAGUCAUGGAUGACUCUGGGGUUGCGGCGCUCAUCUCGCUUUAUUGGCCGAGGGAGCCGGCGUACAGCUUCCAGGUCAUGUGGCCAGCAUGACUAAGCCGCUUCUGGCGAACCAGAGCAGCGCACGGAAACGCCGUUUACCUUCCCACUGGAGUGGUACCUAUUUAUCUACUUGCACUUUGACGUGCUUUCGAACUGCUAGGUUGGCAGGAGCAGGGACCGAGCAACAGGAGCUCACCCCAUCACGGGGAUUCAAACCGCCGACCUUCUGAUCAGCAAGUCCUAGGCUCUGUGGUUUAACCCACAGCGCCACCCGCAUCCCUUCCUAAAUAUAUAAUACACAGUAAAACCAUUUGUCACUUUUAAGUUGACUACAAUGGGAGUAAUUAACCAUAUAUUUUAAUUUCUCCCUUUUGGAUGGAAAAAAAUGGAAAUGAAAGUGCUUAACUUUGGCUGGUUAUUUUUCUUCAAGUGAAAUAUUAUGAGUGUCUAUUUGGUUUAAGGUUGCUUUUUAAUUUUUUUUAAAAAAUGUGUUUGUCUUAAUUUCAGCCACACUUCUUUUCUGA